AAAAACCAUGGGGUCGUUAAGCUCACUGUAGAAGCAGACCAGCAUAGGCAUUCAACAAGUUGUAGAGUGCAAGCUGUUUUACCUUACUGAACUUUGCCAUUUUUCUAACUGAACGGAAGAAAUGAGAAUGCCGUUUCAAGAAUCUAGGGAGAAUGGAAGUGAGGAGGAGGAGGAGAACUCUGAGGCAAAGGUGGGUGGUUCUGAUACAUUCUGUAAAGUGCUAGGGAAUUCAUUAUGUGAUUUCUUCUCAUUUUUGGCAUGCCUUCUUUCUUCUAUAGGUGUUCCUUAAGCCUGUUAUUGAGGAUAGAAACAUGGAGCUUGCCAGAAGGUGCACUGAAAUGAUAAGUGACGUAAGUAAAGGUUCUUAGUAGUGUGUUAAUUCCUUAUUAAAUUUUUGGUCAUGUUUCAGCUAGACAAGAUUUUAAAAGCACGCAUCCAAGGUUCUAAGUAGAAAUGGCCAAUUUGUUCCUGAAAAAUACGUAUGCAUAAUUGUGAAAGGGUUAGCGGUUUCCCUUUAAAACGGCAUUGUGAAACUGGCUUUUGCCAUUUUCAGUUUUCCCUUUUCUUUGCAAAGUGUUCCAACGUUUCUAAGUUGUCAGUAGAAGCUGAUUCAGAAUACAUUAACAAAUUCUGGUGGGGUUUUAAAUAAUGUGGAGCCCAAUUUUUUUAGAAGUUGGCUUUAAAGUGGCAUCAUGAAGGUUGAAUUUGAGCAAUGAGUGACUCCUUUUCACAACAACUCUGAAUGUUGUUUUCUGCGACCUCAUUGCUCAGAUGGAGCUGGUGCAUUUCAGAGCAAAUGAGUCUUGGCUUCAGGCAUUCUUUUGGUGGGUUUGAGAUAGAGAACUCAUCUUUGUCAUGUCACUUAAGCCCCCGAAAAACCUCCCUAGGGAGACAUGACUGGCUUCUUCAUUGCAUGGUCUGUGCCAUUUGGACAGUAUGUGGUUCUUUAGGAAGACCUUUGGGGCAUUGCAUUUUUUAUUAUUAUUGGAGGUCCUUGUUGCUGUUUUUACACCUUUGGUUUUGAUUGUUUUAAAAAAAUAUAUUCUGAUGUUGUAUAUGUGUUUAAAUUUUAUUAGCUGCUCUGGAUUUCUCUUUGAAAGAAAGGCAGAGUUAAAAUAUUUUACUAAACAAAUAAAUAAAUGUCAGCACAACUGUGAUUCCACUGAGGUAGCCAUUGGCCAUACCAUCAUCUCUCAGGUUCAGUGCGACCAUCUGUGAAAGGGUGAUAACAAUAUUUAACUGCCUUGAGACAAUAUACUGAAGCGAUCUUGAACAUAUGAAAAUUCUUAACUAUGGCUGUAUCAUGGCCAUAGUAUUAGUUUUUCCUUGAGACCCACUAAUUUCAGUGGCAUGGUUGGUCACUUGCUUAACUGUCUUCUGUUCAAAACAACGAGACUUAAUUGUGCUUAACUUUAACAGGAUUGUGCCUUAAGUUGGGUGGUGUUGCUGCUUUUAUCACAUACACAAAAUUGAAACUUGUCAGAUCCACAGUGAAUAUCCAUGAAGAACCUUCUUCUCUAGAUCAUUGAUUUCUAAAGCUCUUUUCACUGGCUUAAUGGAAGUCUGUUGGAUUUCUGCCAUUAUGAGCAUAGUGAUGAUAACUGAAAUGUUUAAGUGUCCUCAUCUAGCCACUUUACAUCUCUCUGAUGUCCAGUUCCUAGCACUGAUUCAAGCUUUGUGUUUCCUUUUCUGAAUGAGGUACAUAUAAGCUAAAAGCAUGGGAUGCCUUUGCCCGACAGCGCUGUGGCCCAUAGAUUGCAGCAAAAUACUGGGGCAAGAUUUUACCCAGUAUAUUCUCUGUGUGAUGGGCUCAUGGGAAAAAGCUUUCCCAUGAGCCCUUGCUGAAGAGAGGAGGGGAAAGUCUAUAUAAGGCUGCUUCCCCUGGAUAUCACAGCCAUUUUGUUUGAGAGAUUUCGGCACACCCAACCUCGGGUUAGAGCCUUCACUGAGCAAUUUUGGGCCGGAAAUGAAUUUUUCUCUCUCAACCUGAUAAGCACUUAGUUGGGGCUUUUUCUACCUUUCCUCAGUGAAAUUCAUAGGCGGAAGAACAUUGUAUGAGGGUGGAAAUGGCAUUGCUCAGGAUCAACAUAGUAUAGGGGCUCCCCAUAAGGGGCUUGAGGGGGAGGAUUGACCACAGCAAACCCAAGUGUGGGUUCGGUAUCUGCUUGGUUGGAAUCUGCACCCUGGCCUCCCAAUGAGACCAUGCUUGCUUGUCUUGCACUACAGCAAGGUUCAACACUGGCCAACAAUUUAUACACAGUUUAUACAUGCACACACUGUUUCUCCUUUCCAAUCCUAUUCUUCAUUUACAGGUCCAUUAUAAAGGAGCAUAUGAAAAAUCUAAAGGCCAGUGCAUAUUUGUUCCUGACACCCCUCAGCUAAAGCAUGUGAAAAACAUCUCUGCCUUUAUUUCUGAGGUAAGGCACAGAAUAUUUGGGAAAUUGUUUGGCAAUAUGUACAGUCCCAGAGUGGCAAUAUUUACAGUUCCAGUACUUCCACCCACUCCAAACUCAGACAGCAAGCUCUAGAAGGAUACUAUGGUUGAUGGUAUCCAAAGCCACUGAGGAGAAUUGACAGGGAUACAUAUUCCUGCUUCUCUCCUGACAGAGGUCAUCAUACAGGGCAGUUUCCUUCAAGAGUGCCUGGAUCUGGUCUGCAACAACCCGCUUAAGAACCUUGCCCAAGAAGGGGAGAUUGGCAACUGGCCUGCAGAGUGUGGCCUGCCACUUGCAUUGGACUGAUCACAUGUUGGGACAGACUCAUGGUGUCAUGGCAGCCGUGAAGUCCUGAGCCACCCCAGAGCCAGUAGCCUUGGCAUGGAUGUUGAAGUCCCCCAGAACAGGCAGUUUGGGGGUCCUCAACACUGCCUCUGAGACCAGCUCUGUCAGCUCAGGUAGGGAGACUGCUGGGCAGUGAAGUGGGAGGUAAACGAGCAGAAUCCCUAAUCUGUACUGAUUGCUUAGUGCCAGGAACACACAUUCUAGAUCCCUCUCAACUGGACAGAGAACCUUGACAGAACAAUGGCAUUUCUAUGAGCCACAGCAACUCCUUCCCCCGUCCCUCAAGUCUUCCCUGAUGUUGCACUGACUAUACAGGUGGACAUAGCCUGCGCCACCCUGCUCAUCCACCCAGGUCUCAGAGAUACAGACCAGAUCGGCCCCCUCAUCCACAAUCAGGUCAUGGAUGAGGAGGAUCUUAUUCAGAGUUGUCUUGGCAUUCAGCAGCAGCAGCCGCAGACCCAAGGGCUGGCUGAUAGGACAAUCACAGCGCCCCAGGUUGGAGGAGGGGCUGGCACAUGGCACUGUCACUAACUGCUUAUCUGGCCUGCCCCACCUACCACACCAUGCCUCCCCCUACCCAGAAUCACUGCGACUGCCCCCUCUCCUCCCAGGCACAUGGAUCAGUGUCCACAAAAGUUUAUUCCAUAAUGAAAUAGUUAAGUCUUUAAUUGCUACAACAGACUAACAUGACUGUUCCUCUGGAAACUGUCACUUUUAUAGGACUCUUAAUUCAAAAACACAUUAGUGGAAAUUGAUAUUGCAUGAUUUCAAGGAACAUGCUAGAAUUAUUUUAGAAUCCAAGUUUGGCCGAAAAAUGGAAUUGUUAGAUUGUGCAAGAGAGUAAUCUGUAAAAUGGAUACAAAAUUAGCAAUUCUAAUUUAUUUAAUAUGUUAUUGAUGUACCAAGUAUAAAUCUGUUGGGUGCUAGCUCAUAAUACUUAGGUGCUUUGAUCUAUUUAUAGAUACUCAAUAUGUGUGCCAUUCUGUAUUUUUAUGUGUAUAUUGUUUGGGUCUUACUGAUUCCAGAUGCAAGUCAAACACUUCAACAUUAUUUGUUUUGGCAAUGCAAGAAAUAUUUAUGGACUAUAGUGAACACACACACACACACACACACACACACACACACCAAAAUUCCACAAUAUUCAGGGCAGAGUGUGUGGUUUUGCAUAAAGGUUUUACAUCAAAAUAUGUUCCAGACUUUGUGCAUGUUUGAGAAUUCUGAAUGGUUGUGAAAGAAAUGCCUUCACCUACAUCCCCCUACAUUCCCCUUUUUAUUUAUUUUAAAAAUAUGUUUAUUUAAUAUAGCAAACACAAGGAAAACAAAACUCUGGUGGACAACAUUGGGCUUCCACAUGUAGGAUAUAUCACAUAGAGUUCUUCAGUUGGGUUGGUCUGUAGAGGGUCAGUAAAUAGAAACGAAGCAGGAUUGGUGAGUGGAGGCUGUCAUGGAAGUUGGAAAACAAAAGGGAGCCUCUCUAGCGGAGCAGAUAUGGUUAAAAAAUAUAUUAUUACAUUAACUCUUUCAACUGGGUCUGCCACAAAUUCUGUGAAGAUAACUGCUUACCAUAGACAAGAACUUUUAAUGCUGCAAUCAGAAUCUCAAAGAUAUGUCUAUAAAGAUUAUUAGCAGAGAUGGGCAACAUCUAUUUUUAUAUCCAGUUGUCAAAAGGCAUAAUGUUGAACCUUUCGUCCUAAAUGUCUUUUUAAUCUGUUUGAAAUAAUUGCUGCAUUAUUUCUCUUCCUUCUAGGCACAAUACAAAGCAAGUGCAAGGAAAGACCUCUCCAACUCAAUCUAUCAGCAGAUGCCAGCCACAAUUGACAGCGUGUUCGCAAAAGAAGUUACACAGCUUCAGAGCAAAGUAAUUUUUAUAAAAAAAAUGUAUACUGUAUAUUUAAGCAGCCUGAUCCAUUUCCUGCUGGUACACAUGCUUAUGCACAUGGAGGAAGCACCCCCCUUUUAGGUACUUGUUGGGGCCUUCUGCCGCCACUUGUUAGCUGUCAAUCAUUCUAUCCAUUCCUUUCCAUGCCUCCCAUAAAUGUGUCUAGAAGUCCUACUCCUCCCCAGAGUCCCAGUGUACAAGUUACUCUAUGAUUCACCCUGAAGUGUUCUGUCUGCAGCAAUGUUAGUAACUGGUAAGACUGGCUAGUACUCCCACUUCAGGAAUUCUCUGAACAGCCUCUACCAGCAGUUCUAUGAUAAUGGUAAAAUGACAUAGGACACAACAUAGAACUUAGUGGCACCCACUGCACCCAUACCACAGGGUGGAGUAAACAUUUUCCAGCACCACUUUCUGGAUUCUUCCACUAAGAUAGGAACAAAACCAUUGCAGCUUGAUUCUUCCAGUUCCCAAUCCAGACAGAAGACCCAGAAGGUCCACCAUGAUCAAUGGUAUUGGAAGCUGAUCCAGGAGAAUCAGCAAGGUUGCACAUUCCUGACUAUCUCUUGGUAUAGAGUUUAAGUCAGCCAGGGUGAGCAAGGCAGUUUCUGCCUCAAACCUGCUUUAUAAGCCAGAUCAAAGUGGUUCUGGACAAUUAAUGUUUGAAGCUAGGCUGCCACUCCACACAUUUGAGCACCUAACCCAGAAAAGGGAAAUUAUACAGUUUGUUUGGGUUCAAAGAUGCAUUUUUCAGAUGAGCCAUCUCACUGCUGUCUCAUUUGAGGCGCCAAGAAGGAACAACCAUACUCUUUUUUUAAAUAUAAACAAGACUUUUCAUACUCAUUCCUUAUUAUAUGUAUGUUAUUCAGGAAGAGUGACCUUAAAAAUCUCAAUCUAGAAUAAAUUGUUUUAAGAAAGGCAGCAAUGAUUUUUGCAAGGGAGAAAAACAUUCGCUCUUAGCGAUACUGCUUGAAAUCUGAAGACAUUCGAAAAAUAGACUUUGAUUUGUACACCUUAAGUAUCCACAAGCAGGCGGAAACAGGAAAUUGCAAUCACGGUUGUGAGAAACAGAUGUAUAAUAAACAGCUUAUAACAAUCUAGAUCAGCACAGUAACAGGUAAAUCUGUAAUCAAUACAGUCUCUUAAAAUUGCUGGUUGCAAAGAGUUAAGAGUUUAAGUGAGCUUUCUAUUGUGAUAGCAGUAAAUUACAGAAUGUUUUUAAAUAACAUACUUAGUUUGAUUUAUAAAUGAGAUUAACAUAAUUUAUCUGGCUGUCAAUGCAUUUCUUUUCUGGCCCUGUUCCAAAACAGCAUAGCAUACAGUUUUACAUAGUACACCCCCGCCCCCGCUUCAGUGAUACAACAGAACAGAUACAACAAAAAACUGACUAUAAGAUUAAAAUAAAGUUUGUUAGCGCAGCUCUGUCUUGUUGAUGUUCCUUGUAUAAAACAUAUUCCUAAAUAAUUAAAUAAUGAAACUGCUAUUAAAACAUUUAUUCUGAAACACACAUCCUUUUUUUUAAGAGGACAUACAUAAUAUAUAUUAGAUGUAGCAUGAAAAUAUAAAACCUGCAGACACAUUUAUUUCCCAUUUGUAACAUAAAUCACUGCAUUCUGCUGCAAAAGCCAGGGAAAGUGGAAUAAUUUCCUCUUGUCGGGUUUCCCAAAAACUAUGCCUGCAAGGAAAAUGAAAGGAGAGAUGGUGGUUUUACAGCAGAGCUGAGAUUUGUCCCUUCCCAAACCACCUUCAUCUAGACUCGCAUCUUCCAAAAGUGCAGUGUUCGUGCACAGACAGGUUUGACAUAUGCUGGAGGGAAUAAAAUGAUAAUAUUUAUAUUCUGCUCCCUCUUGCUUUCCUUGCCUUUUCUCUAUAUUUAUUGUGGCUCCGGUGUCCUCCAUGACUUACAGUACUGUCACAGAAGAUGGAAAGAACAUUAUAUUGCUCAGUGCCUAAUUUGAUGUUUGUUUGUCUUUAAAAAAUGUUGCUUGUGACCAAGAGCCAGGGGUAGGGCAAGCCAUGACCUCCAUACACACUGCCCAGGCCUGUGCCCCAGGGAGGUUACAUUGGUGCUGCUAACACAGCUGUUUGACUUCACCCCUGGAGAUGCACUCCAUUGUCUCUCAAGUCAGAUGGUUGCCAGCAACAGCAACCAACAAUAGAACAGAAAAGUACCUCUUUUAAAUUGCACUUUGAAGGAGGAAAAAACAACUUAUGAAUCUCCCCAAUUUGCCUUGUUAUUUGGCCAGUCUGCAUACCCAUUAGCUAUACCUUCAAGUUUGGCAACAUCUACAAAUAUGAUGAUCACCUCACCCCAUUUCCUUUACCCAAGUCUUUUAUUAAGAAGUUAACACAGCACUGGGCCCAGGACAGAACCCUGCUGCAGCCUACUUGCCACAUUUCUCCAGGAACGAUUGAGAAAUGCAAUUUUGGUAUGGCCUGCCAACUAACUACAAAUCUUCCCAAGAGUCUAGCUAGCAUUUUAGCAGCUUAGUCACUACUCAGUUGACCCUAAUAGACUAUGUGGAAAGAGAAUAGCAGAGAGCCAAAAACAGAUUGCUGAGAGAAAGCAGAAGACCUUCUCCCUAUAAAAAUAAUUAGGAAGAGAAAAGGUAAUCAGCUGUAGCAAAACAGCAGAGGGGUCAAGGAGGAUGAGGAUAUGUACGGGAUCAUUGAAUGUGGCACUGAAGAGAUUAAUCAGCAAUUAGCCUAACUAGCAUUACUGUUUAUUCAUUAGAAGAAGUAAACAAAUUUCUGAGCACCAAAAUAGCUGUGAGAUGAUUCUAGCUGACUUGCAUAUGAAAAAGAGAUUUUGCAAACCAACAUUUCUUCCUUCAAGAGGAUUACUGGGCACCCAUUUUCUUUCUUUUUUUUUGGCCUGUUAUGUCUGUAUACUGUCAAAACAGUAUCAGAAUAAAUAACAUCAUAUUUUGGAGCAUUGUGAUAUGGUAGUUAACAGAUAGUUAGGUCCUUUGUUUUUCUGGAAAACAAGGAAACAGAUUUCCAGGUUUCCUGCUCUCCUCAAAGUAUUUUAAAAAUAUCACAAUGAAAGACAAACUGCUUGAAAUAAAUGAAUGAGGAAAUGAUGGGGAAAAAACCAGGACAAAGGUUUUGAUUCACAUACAUUCCAUCACUUUGACAGAAAAUUCCAAGGCUUGAUCCUUAUCGGGGAAACAAAAUGACCCAAGGAAAAUAGAAAAUUAGAGCAUGUCAACAGACUGUUCAAUUUUCUUCUUUAUAGCUAACAUUUCUUCAAGCUCUUGGCAAAUAUGCUUGAAGUAAUGUUUCUGAAAAUGAUGAAUUGUGGAAAUCCUAUGUUCUACAUUCAAGAUUGAAGAAAGAGUGGUGGUAUAGCAGUGUAAUCCAUUUUUGGAAUAAACAGAACUUUCAACUUUCUUGAAUAUGUAUUAAAUAUUAUGGCAUACCAACUAAUUAAAAGCACAUAUUCAUAUCUAUAAAUGUUGGCUCAGUAAAUCUGAUUGGACACAAUUUACAUUCAGUUUGGAUUCAAAAUGAGAUUGGGGUGAAUCUGAACCACUUUAUGAAGUUCUUGAGCUAUGUGCUAAAUUAAAGUUCAGGAAUAAGAUCCUAUUAAAGCUCAUUCCUUAGCAAUAUCGUAAGUUCUGUUUGCAAUUUCUCAAUAGUAUUGUUUAUCUUGCUGCACCCAUCCAUGAAAUUCUUUACAGUGGCCUUGGCCAAGUCUGAAAUUAAUUAUGUGGACCCAGCAGUUUUGAUAUCAAAACUGUGGGACUCUUACGGAUGUGCAUUAUUUUGAAAAUAAACAGCUACAGCCUUUGCUGUAUGGAGAUUUUAAAAAGUCAAUAUUUAAAAUGAUGGUCCUCAGAAUCUCACAUUUGUUUUGUUCAGGCAUUAUCUUUGUGUAGUGAAGUGAGAAAUCAGACCCUCCUUUUACUGAUCUGCUGUAAACUUGCUUGCUUUAAUCUGCAUUGAUCUUUACCAGUUGCAAAUCCUUCUUUGGCUAAUAUGUUUUCAAAUCUUCUUGCAAUCUUUGCUAUUAGGUUACACACCACUUGAGUGCCUGUAUUCCAAGAGCUCCUUAUAAAAUGCCUGUUGAUUGAGGACCGUAUUGCCAAGAAUAGAAACCUAGUUGGUUUGAAUCCAAGGCUUCCCUUUUUCCAACAGAAGGAGGAAAACUUUGGCUCUAACCUGGUGUGGUGUUUUUGUGCCUACACACACACACACACACACACACACACACACACCAUUUCAGUUAACUGUAUCUGAUAUCUCUUAUAUGCAGCCAGUUCUAUGAAAGAUAUAUAAAGGUAAAGGUAAAGGGACCCAUGACCAUUAGGUCCAGUCGUGGACGACUCUGGGGUUGCGGCACUCAUCUCGCUUUAUUUGCCGAGGGAGCCGGCAUACAGCUUCCAGGUCAUGUGACCAGCAUGACUAAGCAGCUUCUGGCGAACCAGAGCAGUGCACAGGAAACGCUGUUUACCUUCCCACCGGAGCGGUACCUAUUUAUCUACUUGCACUUUGACGUGCUUUUGAACUGCUAGGUUGGCAGGAGCAGGGACCGAGCAACGGGAGCUCACCCUGUUGCGGGGAUUCGAACCGCCAACCUUCUGAUAAAAAUAAAAUGCAGCCAUUCAAAUAAAAAUAAAAAUACAGCCAUUCAAAACUUAGUGAUGGUUUCAUUUUCCUUCUAUAUUAAUUAGCUGAAAGUUUCUCCUCUUCCCCACUUCCUGAAAGAUAAGGGGGAGCAGUAGUACAGCAACUUGUUUAUUUUCUAACCCUGUAAUUCAACUAUUUAAAAGUAAUUAGCAAUAAUUAUUAACAGUAUUUCAGUGUUACAUUAGAAAACAACAUAGGGACAACUCUGCCUGGGGCAACAAACAAUCUGCAUGCUUUGGUCCCUUUCCAAAGCCCACUGCAGUCUUUUGCAUGCAUUGGGUUCAGUGAAGAUGACUGAAGAGAUUUCGGAAUGUAUCUUCUUGGUUUGAAGUUUUUGUUUGUGGUUUCUAUCCUGCCUUAAGGAUACAAAUGCUUCCAAUAGUGACUUCUAAGUAAAAGCAAAGGGCAGUACCCAAACAUAAAAACUAAUCAGGAUCCUUCCCACAGGGUAGCUGGCUUGAAUGUAUCUCAACAGUUUAUUCUGGUAUUUCAGUUAAAUUGCUUUUUGCCUUGCUUUUCAUUUUUUCAAUGCAAAAUUAAAUAUUCUAAUUUUGAUCUCUUUUAUUCAGUGAGUACCAGUCAGCUUGGUUCAAUGGACAGGAUAUUGGGUGUGGACUUGGGUUUAAAUGUCUACUUUUAUCUAUAAGCAUGCAGUCUUUGACUACAUCACUCUGUCGCACAUUUUGAUACCUAAUUGUAAAAUGUAGAUUAUAGUUUGCUUCUUCACAAGUUGUCAAGGCAAAUGAGCACUUGAGCAUUAUGAGAUAUUUUUGAUAUUAAAGAGAGAGAGAGAGAGAGAGAGAGAGAGAGAGAGUCUGAUUCUUUGCAUCUUCAUAGUUUAGGUUUAUGAAAAGGCAUGACAGGAAAAAAUUAAAAUGGUGUAAGAAAAGAAACCCUUCAUUGACCUUCCUUCAUAUUCUGCAUGAUACAUAUGAUAUAAAAUGUACCAUUUACAGGUUCUCUACAAGCAAAAACAUGAUGCUGAAAAGGGUACAUCAAGUUAUGCGCAUAUGAAGGAGCCUCCAGAUGUUAAGCAUGCCAUGGAAGUCAGUAAACACCAAAGUAAUGUGAGUAUUCUCUGCUAUUAAUUUGUGAUGCUCCUGUGCUUGCCUGAAAUGAAAUGUAGCUUUGAUAUUUUGGAGAAAUCAUGGUUUGAGAAUUUAAUCAUACAACGAUUUAAGGGAAAUAUUUGCUAGUUAUAGGAAAUAAUACUUUGUAUGAAAACUGUGAGUAAGAUCCAACCUAGUGCAAGAGGGCAUUCAUUAGUGCAGCAGGGCACUCCUUUUCUCCUCCGGUACAGAUUUUGGGGAUACAUAGGAAUAGGAAUCAUGGAAGAAAGGAUGAGAGAUUUGCUCUUCUACAUGAGACUCCACACCACGCCCCUUCAUCACAUUCAGGAUUCAAAGGGAUCAAUUGUGAUUGCUCGCACUAUGUGAGGCUGCGUCCCCUGACUUAAGAGAGAAAUGGGAGAGGGGCAGCGAGGCUAAGAAGGGAGGGAGACAAGGACAUUGGAAUAGACCAGGGGUCAGCAAACUUUUUCAGCAGGGGGCCAGUCCACUGUCCCUCAGACCUUGGGUGGGGGGGCGGACUAUAUUUUCAAGAGAGAAAAAAAAGAACAAAUUCCUAUGCCCCACAAAUAAUCCAGAGAUGCAUUUUAAAUAAAAGGACACAUUCUACUCAUGUAAAAGCACGCUGAUUCCCGGACCGUCUGUGGGCCGGAUUGAGAAGGCGAUUGGUCCGGAUCUGGCCCCCUGGCCUUAGUUUGCCUACCCGUGGAAUAGACACAAGCAGGUUAUUUGUGUGUUGUGGGUGGUUUUUUGUGAACGUGUUUGUUCUUUUAGCAAGACGCAGGGAGUGAGAGGAAUGGAAAGACUGUGAGUGACAUUCAGUUCACAGGGCUUCAUGGCGACUGAGGGGAAGACUGGAAAAAACUAAAACAAUGUCUCAGGACAAACUGCAAGUGGCUGCACACAAAGGGUGGCACUGGGAAAGGAAAACAGAAAAAGGGGAGAUAAAAGUUAUGAAGGAAUUAGAAGUAGGGGAAAAAAGGCCUGAGGAAAGAAGGGAGCUUGAUAUGAACAUAACCACUUUGAUGAAGGCAGGAAAGCAAACUGGAUUCUGGGAGCUGCCUACUUCCAAGUUGUCUUUCAUGCCUUUGACCACUGAUGAUCUUUAACCAGCAGCACAGAACUGCCUUUCAGAAAGGAAUAAAUGAUUCUGCACCAACCUUAUGAGGGAAAAAGCAAGACUGAUAUAGAAAGGGGUCCCCAAUUUGUGAAAGCAAAAUUAUCACCUUCUUAAUACAUGUUAGAACUCUAUCCAACAUUUUGACUACACCUAUACUACACCAGAAAUGGCUUGUGAAAUAGUGUGGCUUUGGUUGUUUGCCAUGUGGCAUUAAGGAAAAAUGUGUGGUUCUUUAGAUCAUAGUGGGCUUCGUUACACAAAAGAAAUCUCAAAAUUUAAGAAUGUUUACUCAACCCCAAGAUUAUUUUUACAGCUGAUAAAUAGAGUCAAUAUAAAAUCAGAACAAAAUGAAAGGCAAUCAUGAUACCUACUUUUGCACUUAACAAAACAGAAAGUAUGGUGAAUAUUUUCAGCUAUGUGACAGGCAUCAGUAUUAACAGAUUAUUUACAAAAAGAAUUUUACAGCUUUUCCAGUUCCUUAGCUCUGUCAUGCAUUAGGAAACAGGUAUACCAAUUUAUACCUAUUGUUUUCCAUUUACUUGGUUCAUUUACUUACUUGGUUAAUUUUCUUACUCUUGAAGAGUUGACUUAAUGUUUAAAUUUGGGAUUUCUAGUUUUGUAAAAAUAAAGUUAUUUUUGAUUCACAUGAGGCUGCAUGUUCAGCUCUGAAUAUGAAAGUUUGUCAUUGGAAUGUAAAAAAAUUAAGCAUCCACCCUCCUAGAGUGUAUUUUUUUUGCUUUAAUGAGCUUCGUUUUGAAGAUUAAACCUAUUGUAGACAUAUUGUAGGCAGGACAAAACCUUUCUUAUCUACCAACAGAGUGUUAUGUGUCAGUAUAGGAGCAGAAUGCUUAUUUACCUACAUUGCUCUAAUUAACUCCAACCUUUACACAUAGAGUUUACAAUUAAUAGGAUUAGGGCGAGUUUAAGAUUAUUUGCUCAGACUUAUACUUAAGUGUGUGAAAUGGGAAAUUUCCUUUUACAGAUGAAGGCUGUCAUCUUCUAAAAAUAUCAUUGCACUCCCAGUUUGAAAUCGUCUAGUGCGUCAUGACUUCAUGCCACCUUGAACAGAAUUCACGCUGAGCUUCACAGUCGGCUGAAGUUGUAUAAUAGGAAAAUAAAUACUGUCAAAUUUCCCAGGCUUAUAACUUAGGCGAUGGACAUUUUAAUGAUCUUAACAUCUAUAGCAACCAAAAUGAUCCCCCAAAUUAUGGCAAUUACAUUUCUGACCCCCAAGAAAUAUAGUUACAAAAUUAUUUUAGUUGGUAUGCUAUAUUUACCUGAAAGCUUGUUCUGCAAUAUGUGAUUAAUUUUCUGGUUGUAGAAUAUUAAAUCUGUCAUCUUAUACUCAUCUAGGAACAAAUCCCAUUGAACUCAGUGAAUCUCAUUCCUAAAUAGAUAUGCAUAGGAUUGUGUUGCUAAUGUUGUGGCAGGAUCUGGAGAUCUGGUUAGCUAACCUCAUAUCCUCAAAAGGGCUUCCCUUAUGUUUCAUCAGUAGAUGGCAAACCAUCACUGAGGACUCAGCUAUACAGCUGCAAAUAUAACAUUUUAAGUGCAUUAUACAAACAUGACACGAGAUGGCGAUGGUGAGCUAAUGGCAAAUUCAAUAUAUUUUUUAUAAAACAUUUUUUAAAAAAGCAUUUUCACAGCAUUUUAAAAAUAUAUGUCUAGAUUCCACCUGAAAUUAUUUUCAAAGGCAGUCUUAAAACUAUGGCAUUCAGAUUAUGGAAGUGAAGAACAAUUGUCCCACUCUUAGGGACUUUAGGCAAUGUGAGAAGCAGGAGGGGUGGGACCUGUAGCCCUCCUGAUGUUGUUGAACUUUGCCUUGCCACAUGAUCAGGAAUGCAUUCUAGCAAUAUCUGGAGGACAGCACAUUGCCCAGAACAGGGGUGGCCAAUGUGUCUUGCAUUGUCACAGUUGAGCAUCUCCAGAUAGGUAAAACGGGACAAGGGAAGGGAUGAGGAAGAAGUAAGACGUAGGAAGGACCUUGUUUGGGUGCAUGGUGGAACUGUUACCGAUACUGCCUAUCAAAACUGAUGUGAUGUUGGCUGCAUUUUAUUUAGAUGUUUAAAAAGUUGAUGUGGGUUUUAACUCUAUUGUUGUUUUAACUUUUCAGAUGUCUUAUUAAUUUUUCUUAGUGAUUUCAUCUUGUUUGUAAACAGCUUUGCAUUUUUGUGUGUGUUUUGUUUUACAAUCAAGCGCUGCAUAUAUUUUUUGAAAUAAAUAAAUGAAAUAAAUUUACCAGAGCAGAAUGGCAAUAUAUCCACCACCAGUUCAUAGACUAAAUAGGAGAUAGGCUUACUCGGUAAUAAGAUCAGGACUGUGCAUACUGGUGAAAUACGAUGGGAACCUUAACUAGAAAUGAAAAACCUUAGUCUUACCCUUCUAUGUAUUUAUUUACUAUUUGCAGUUAUUGAUUGCUUAUUCACUAGGUCCCCGAGUCCAUCACAGCUAUAUGUCACCAUGAAGAAUCUCUUGCUGUUUCAAUGCCAUUUCCCCCUCUAAUUUUUUAGAAGUGAUUGCAGCCAAUCAGGGAUCAUGUAGUUACAUGUGAUGUCCCUGGACCAUGUAGCCAGUGCCACUGAAGGCAAAUGAAGCUGCAUUGUGCUCAUACAGAAUGGGUGUUAACAGGAAGGACUGCUUCUGCAAUGUGCUCCCUGUCUUGUAGGACCUUACUGUGAGACAAGUGAUGGCAGGCAAUGGAAAUUUCAGGGAUCCUUGGCCUAGUUGCCUUAGCAAGAGGCACAUGUUUAGUUUCUUGACACCUGCCUCCACACCAGGUGUGUAGGCACCUUGCGCAAAAUCAUGAGAAGGAAUGGCAAGUUUCACAGUGGGCUGCAGCGUUUGUGAACAGCACAUAUUUGUCUUGGCAUGGGCCUAGUCGCGAUAAUUCACAGACUGGGAAAUGCGUAGCCUUCUGCAGCCUAUGUUCUGCUGCUACGUGACAUUAGUAAUAUCAAUGGGGUAUGGCAACAUACAAACUAUAUAUUGCAGACAUUUGCAAAAUGUUUGAUGUCUCUGUCUCACUCCAACAUAAAUAUAUCUUUGACUGGGUGCCAGAAGAGUAAUAAUUUAUGAGAGGAAAAGUAUUGCGCUAGACCUUACAUCGAACUUGAUUGGUGAAAUAACUGUCUGAUUUUUCUACUGUCUCCUCACUGUGAAAUUAACCACACUUCCUUAUUUCAUUUACCAUGUGACUGUCACUUGGGAACAAUAAGGUACAAAAUUGCUGCAGCGUUCGCCACAAGAUUCUGUGCAUUUUUCUCUGUGUCUGAGCUGACAGUUCAAUCCUUGCUGCUGUUUUGAGCGCAUAUGCUGGGCUUUAAUUUGCAAUUUACAUGGAUGAUGGGGUCCUUUUCAGAAACCUGUUCCUGCUGCCUUUAUGGUAUUCACUUCACCUCAUGUGGUCAUUAGGGUGAACAGCAUAUAAUUAGCUAAAUCUAUGUAAUGCUCUGAAUUGCAAGAACCUGGAUGCACUUCUGGUUUUAUUCAUUAAAAAAAUGUUUCCAAUGCUUUGCAUGACAGUAGUGAAUAAGAUGAGUUAAUUUUUUUACAAAGAAUACUAGGAAAUUAUUUUAGCAGCUUCACUUAGACCUUUUUUGUAAAAAGUAAUGUAUUAAAUGAAAACAUCAUCAAGCGACUAACAUACAGAAGCAGUCAGAUUUUUAAAAAAAUCUGUUUGUCUAUCUACUUAUUUAAUGUAUGUUCCACCCUUCCUCCUAAAGGAGCCCUGGGUUCAUAGUGGUCAACUUUUCCCUCUUCUGGCGAGGAGUCCUAUUUGGAAUAAGGGAAUUUCCCUUAAAAAAGGAAAACGUUGACAGCUAUGCCUGGGUGGCAAACAUAUCAGUGAUUAAAACAAUACAAUCAAGAACAUGUAAAAACAAUUUCACACAUAUAUAAAGGUGUUAAAGCGAUAUGGACAGAAGCUGAAAAUUCAUGUUAAUAUUUUGGGAAGAUUAUUUGUUAUAAAAUUGUGAUUUUUUAAAAAAAAUUAAUUAAAAAAUACAUCCACUAAUAUGGUACUUCCAAUGUUCUUGUUGGCACGAAAGUUUAGAAUUUUAAGGCAAAGUAAUUUGUUUUUCAGAUAAGAAAGAGAUAUUAGGAAAGGAAUUGUGAGUGGGAGAAGCUUGAUGCCCUUAUGUCCUGCUUCCGGGUUUCACAUAUUCAGCUUGUAGCCUGCCUCCAUCAACAUUUGGUGGGGUACAUUCUGGAAGAGCUGAAGUUUCCAAGAUCCCUUUAAAGGCCACUGCAUGCAGAGUUUGUAAUAGUAAUCUAGUGUGGAUGUGACUAACAGGACUGAAUCACUGUUACUAGAUCAAACCUGAUCAGCUUUUGUUACAGGACAAUAUUUUGUCCCAACCUGUAAAUCCCAACCAGCUUUGUCUGCAAGGCAAGAUAAACUUCAGAUAUCAAUUAGAUACAUUUGGGAAAACAAAUGAAAAAUAAAAGACUUCCCCUCAUAAUACACAUUGCAUAAUAUACAUGCUGAUAUACUAGCAUUUCCAUUUUGGUCUUUGAAAUAGGAAUGAGUUUCUCAUUUUGUUUAUGAUAUAGGCUGUUAUUAGGUUUUAUUUUGCCUUUAUCCUGGCAAUCUACCAGGUGGUGUUUGCUGAAUGUAUAGGACAGCUAAUAUGUUAACAUUGCUACAUUUAUAGCUGACCUGCUAAGUCAUAGAUAAUUAAUGAGUCUUUUAUUUUACAGGUUUCAUAUAAAAAAGAUCUCCAGGACACUCACAGAUAUACUGAAGUUUCAAAUCGACCAGACAUAAUGAUGGCAACCCAGUUGACAAAGAUAAUAAGCAACGUAUGAAAUUAAAUUUCUUUGUAAUUUAUAGAAAAUGUUGAUAACUUAAAAUUUAUUUUUAUUAUGGACAGAGCUACUAAAGUUGUACAAAGUUAUGAUAAAUUCUAGAUUGCAUUCAGACCAAUAACCUAAGUACCCAAAGGGGGCAAUUUUCAGUAAAUGAUCCUUUCUCCCUCUUCUUAUGUGCUUAGGUGCAUAAACAUGAGAAAUUUUCCAUCUAGCACUCAUUAUUAUCAGCAGCCAAGCUUUCUAAAAACCCUUAACCUGCCGCCUCAACUUUUCUAGCAUUCAUCACUCCACUCAAUUUUAAGCUUCCCCGAGUUCCUUUCUUCCAAAAUUUUGGAAUGGCCAAUUAAAGAAUGCCACCAUGCAGCCUCAAAUAUCCAUCUGGUUUUCAUUCUUGAAGUACCAAAGUUGCAUCCGAAGGUUUAAAGGAUAGAUUCUCUGUCUGCAGUUCUAGCAUAUAAGGUAUCCUGUCUAUCAGUCUCUGACCUUUCCCCCUUCCAUGCUUCCUUGACCUGCACACCUGUUGGUGGGUUCACUCUCCUAUAGAAUUUCAUGCAAACUCCCCUCCCCACCCCCGGUAUGCAGACUUCCACUAUAUUUUACUCAUUGCAGUCUUUAUUGACUUUAAUAGGAUUGUAUUUCUGUAAUUUAGAGUGGAAUCUGACCUAUUAUAUUUUUUUUAAAAGGCAGCCACCUGCAUUUUCAGUUCAGCUUUGCUGGAAAUUGCAAAUCCCCCCAAAUAACAGGGAACCAGCAUUUCUUAUGUUUAAGCUCAACCCUUGAUCAAACUGGAGGAUUUUUUAAAAAUGCUGCAUAUUGUUUCUCAAAUAAAAUAAAUGGUACAUUUGUUGAAUCAGGAGAAGCCUGGGAAUUGCUGAUUAGAGUGUUAGCGAAAGUGGUGUCAACAAAGGUCACCAAAGAUACUUGCUAUACUGUUUCUUUUGAGACUUACAUUUCCCCUGACAAAACUGAAAGGGUGGGGGGAACUCUCAAAAUAAAAUUAUGCCUGGCGUGCACAUACUUUUCUUUUUAUUACUUGAAGGCUGAAUAUGCGAAAGGAAGGCGAGAAAUGAGUAAGGAACCAACUGUCCUCGGAAGACCAGACUUCAACCAUGCAAAAGAGGUUUCCAAAUAUUUAAGCCAAGUAAGAUUUUCUUAGCUUUCAGACAAUGACUCAAUUGAGAUAUCUGAUUCCCAGGAGUGCAAUCAAAUGCUUCACUUUUCUAAUUGCAAACUAUCUAUAAUUGCAUGAAAACUUCAAGAUAAGGUUUCCACAACUCUUUCCCAUAGAAUUGCUGUAAUUGGUAUGCAUUAAAUAUUUUGAGAGAUCUGUAGCUGAAAGCCCACAAGUGGACGAGGAAAUUUGCCUUCGGUCACAGUUAGUUUGGUGGUAGGAUUAAUACAUUUUGAUGUCACUGGCCAAAUAUAUAGUCUUCGGGGCUGGACGGUGGUGUUUAAUUUUUGUUUCAAAGUCUUUUGAAAGUGGAUAUUUUCCUUUGCCACACAAAAGCCUGUUUUAUAAAAAAUAAUAAUAAUAAUAAUUUCAGUCCAUUCAGAGAGCAAACCACGUGAACUUAGUGGAGCCAUAAGACAGAGAGUGGCAUUAUGUCAUUCUGCUCGAUGUCAAGGUGUCACUAAAUUCUAAGAUAGGAUUGCAAUUGAUGCAAAUGAAUGUCACAGAGCCCUGGAAAACAGCAAUUUCCCCCCUGGCUGCAUCUGUGCAGUCCUCGUGUUCUCUUUGGAUCAUGGAUAGUUCAUAUAUGAAGGGAAUUCUAGGGACAAAGAGGAGUCUAGUGAUCUUUCAAGGCAUACUGGUGUAUUAAGAAGAGAAUAGUGUUUAUAGGCAUAGGCAAUUUUAAGCCACUACUUUUUCACACAAAAAGGAACAAACCAUCCUUCCUGGUCCUAUUUUCCACCCAAAGAACAGUUUAUGGGAACAUGAUUGGGACGUAAAAGCUACGGUACAUCUGCUACUUAAAAAAAAAAAAGGAGUUAAUUAGGCCAAGUGGAAAAGAAUUAAGAUCUGCUUUAUGAUACCUGUAAGCUAAAUCAUAUAAUUAAAAUAUCAUUUACUUUAAUCAUACAUGCUGGUCGAAAGCAGUGAGGUUAUAUAUUUCCUCUUUCUUUUUAGAGUCCCAGUAAUAAGGUUUUGCAUGAAUAAUCCCAUUAUCUUAUUAAAGAAUUUGCUCUUUGUUAAUAAUCCUUUAAAAUACUAAUUUAUAUCUUACCCUCAAUCAGUGUGGUAUUAAUUAUUUGAGGGGUAACUAUUAGAGCUUGGAUCAUGUGCUAAGGUAUUGUAUUACUGUAGAAAAUACAGGGAAUUUUUGCCACAUUUGGCCCAGGACAUUUCAUGCAAGAGCAGCUACACUGAGAGGCAUCUAUUGCAGGACCCAAAGUAGUCUUGUGCUGCAGCAGCUGCCGUGACAUUACGAUGGAUCCUGGGACACUUCUUUUAAACCUUGUGCCGACUGUCUUCAUCCCUGGCAAUCAUUUGCUUGCUUUGGUUAUGUAGGUGGGGCCAGCUCUUGCUUUUAUGCCUCAGAGACCAUGUUAUUUAUUAUCCUCUCUCAGGUUAUAUUCUCAGCAGGUACUUGAUGCUUCCAGACAAAUUUCAGGGUGCUGCAUAUUUAUGCUCUACUUUAUUUGAUCUCCUGGAAACCCUUUGGUUGUUCUCAGCUUCUUAGUAUAUACAUUUUGUUUGUUAUAGGGAUAAGAAAAUGAUUUAUAGUGUUAAAAACCUAUUUCAUUUACAACGAGAGCUUUCUAAUGUGCAAUGCCUAGUGCUUGGCUUUUUUUUUUUUUAACCUUUUGGGGUGGUAAAUAGAACAGCAGGUGCUAUUGUUCACUUAUGAAACCUAAUACUUAUUGAAAGUGCUUGCGGUUAGGAAAGCUGCCUUAUAGCUUCAAAAGAUACACUUUCCCCAGCUGUAUAUGGGAUUUGUGCAAGUUUAGCAAGAAAUUUGUUUGGCUUAGCAUUCUUCACGGUUGUUUUUGUUUUCCUCCUGCUUCUUUCUGAGCCAUAUCUUGAUGAUAUAUAUGAUAUAUGUUGUCUUAAAUUAAUCUCAGUCCUUAAAAGAAAACAUGCUUCACGUGUAAUCAUCACAUUAAAUAAGUAUCCUGAUACUCAAAUAAAAUGAUUAUUGUGAGAGACUCCUUUGGAAAGGACUGUAGCUCAGUGAUAGAGUAUAUACUUUGCAUGCAAAAGGUCCUGUUUUCAAUCCUUGGCAUGUAAGGUAGAGCUAGGAAAUACCCCAUCUGAAGCUCUGCAGAACAGCUGCCAACCGGAACGAACAGUGUUGACACUGUUGGACCAGUGGUCUGACUCAGACUAAGGCAGCGUCCAAUUUCCUUUCUAUGUUCUCGAGAAAAGAAAGGAAGACAAUGCAGUAAAUGGUCAGGAUUUUUGUAAAGAAAAGACAUACUUCUUUUGAGACACGUGCCUUUGAUUCCCAUCCAAAUAGCUUAUAAAGUUAGCCUUUAUAAUUAAAAUCGAGCUGGGGGGGGGGAAACCUUCCCAGUUCUCUAAAACUAGUUUGGCAAUGAAAAGCUCCUGGGAUUUCUGCUCUUCAAAAGUUUUUUUAAGCCUGACAUGCACCUGAGAGUGUGGUAUAGAUGUCUUCUGUUAGAAACAAACUUUUGACCACAUUUAACGCCAGACUGCUUCCCCUUUCUCCUGUGCACUGCAACCAAAAUUUUAUUCUACUCUAUAAACCAUGUCAUUUGUUCAGAUCUUGCUCUUGUUGUUUUUACUUUGAGUUUGAAAGUUUACCACCAACACGUGUUAUUCUUACUUGCCCUCUUUUUCCAAAGGCUGGGACUAGGGAGAUCUGCCAUCGACAGCAGCAACCUUACAUUAUGUUUUCGUUGGAAAUAUUAAGUGAUACAAGGCCUGUGACACGAUGCUGUUGCACUUCAGUGCUGCUGUUGGUAGGAGCAGAGAAGCUUACAGCACCAUGGUGUAACAUUAUGGAUGUUGUAUCAGCAGAUAUUACUGAGGAGAGAUGGAGGGUUCCUAUUUUUCGUGGCAGCCUUCUAUCUGCUGCGUCAUCUAGUUCCAGCUUCGCUUUCCUUUUAUGAAGCAGGGAUCAGGCAAAGAUGCUCCAGAAACCUAGAUAAGCCCUUUGGGGCCGGGCCUAUGGCCCUGUACCAUACCCUCUGUGUUUAUUGAACUGGCCUGUAAUUAUAUAACUGAUGGUUUGGGAUAAGCUGUGAAUAGAAAAUGCCGAUGCUAAGCUAUUCUGAAAUCUGCACUUAUGCACUAUUACAACCUAUGCGAUUUGUUUGUUUCUCAGGCAAAAUACAAAGAGCAGUUUAAUAAGGAUAUGAAGAAUUACUGCUACAAUCCUCUGGAAAGUGCUUCUUUCAAGCAAGCACAACUUGCCUCUGUCUUGGCAAGUGAUGUAAGUAGGGCUGUUUUUGGCACUCUUUUUAUUGUAACGUUUUUGUGUGGAAGUUGCUUGGUGGGCAUUUUAUUUUCUUAGCAUUUAUAUGGAAAGGUCUGUUUUCAAAGGGUUAAACUUUCCCCUAUAAUAGAAUAUGCAUUGCGGCCAUCUUUUUGUCAGACCGUAGUAAAUGAGUGCCACCUAAUGGCCGAUAGAAAACAUGGCAGGCAAACAUGGAAAAGAAGAACAUUUUUUUCCUCCAGUGAAAAUGAAACCAUGCAUUUCUGUCCCAUGCUCUGGUUUGUUUUUAACCAAAUGUCUAUUCUUCACCUUGCAGGUGAAAUACAAAAAAGACCUAGAAAGCCUUCAUGAGCCAGCAUCUACCUUUCCGAACCUGUUACAGUUAGAGCAUGCCUUGAAUGCCAGCAAAAUAAGUAGCCAGGUAAGUUGACUUUCUUGUGAUUAAUUCAUUUGAAUAGGGUUUUAAAAUGCAAAUGGUUCAGAGCAGAUAAUUGUUGUGUUAUGUUCCAUUAAACUUAAUGAGCCCUUCAUCUGAAGGAGCAGGUACAUUGGUUGGGGGUACUACUUCUGGGUCCACUGCUGUUGCUUGAGGUUCAGGUGGCCUCAGUGGCAUAGAGUACCUUCCGUCAGCUUUGGCUGGCGGCUCACCUGCGCCCCUAUGUGGACAAGAAUAGUCUAACUUCUAUUGUCUGUGCUCUGGUAACCUCUAGGGUCCAGUACUGCAACGCGUUAUACAUGGGGCUGCCUCCGAAGACAGUUCAGAAACUUCGGCUGGUGCAGAAUUCAAUGCCCAGGUUGCUCACUGGGGCAGGUUGGUUUGAGCAUAUUACACCAAUCCUGGCCUGAUUGCACUGGCUGCUGAUUAGUUUGUGGACCUGAUUGUUUUGACCUAUAAAGCCUUAAAUGGCUCAGGGUCGCAAUAUCUCAAGGACCACCUCUCCCUAUAUGAGGAGAGACCCAGACCCUGUGAUCAUCAUCUGAGGCCCUUCUUUGUAUGCCUCCUACAUGAGAGGUCUGGAGGGUGGCAACACAGAAACGGGCCUUUUCUGUGGUGGCUCCCCAUUUGUGGAAUGCUUUCUCCAGGGAGGCCCGCCUGGCACAUUCCUUACAUAUCUUUAGGUGCCAGGUGAAAACGUUCCUCUUCUCCCAGGCCUUUGGCUGAUUAAUAUGCUAAUAUGUUCUGUAUUUUUAUAUUUUUAUAUUAUAAAUCUGCCCUGUGAACCUUGGAUGAAGGGCGGUAUAGAAAUUUAAUAAGUAAUUUAAAAAAUCAUAAUUACAUAUGCUUAAAAAGCAAAGCCCAUCUUUGUAUGCAGGCAGCAGCCAUCUGGAAUGGCAUUCAUGGGAUGAAAAAUGGGAAGCAAGGGUUUGUGGUCUUAAAUUAAUCUCUUACCAUAGAAGAGAUUUGGGGUUUUUAUAUUGUAAACUGUCCUGUGAUUCUCUGAUGAAGGGCAGUAGAGAAAUUUAAUUAAUAUUAAUGAUACUGAUACUAAUAAUGUCUGAGUUACCAGCAUACUGUGACCAGGAGUUCUUGAGACACACCAAUGUCUCAAAAUGGUGUGUGUGUGUGUGCGCUUGCUUGCUUCAAAUCUAAUUCUAACCAUUGAGGAAUUCAAUCUUUAUGAAUUCUGAUUCAAACAGAAGUGCGGAUUUCUUUUGGAUUUCAUACUUUUUUUCCAAUUCUGUGAUAAAUUUAUUGGCUCAAAAAAAGGAACUAAGAUGCAUUUACAACAUGUAUUGAGGAUAAAAUGCAUUUUAAAUAUACAUAUUGCAAUUCUUGAAGAAGCAGUUUCCAUGAAAAGAAAGAGGGAAGAUAAAUGUUAAAAUAUCCGGCAGAUUUUUAAAAGAACUCUGUGUAGACAGAGGAAACAAAUGUCUCCUUGCACUACCCAAUCUGCCACUACACCAGUAGCACUAUAGUUUAUGAGGUUUUUUGGUUUUCUUUUACCUUUUUAGCUCCUCUUCUUCUUUUUAAAUAACACUUUUAUAAACUUCUAACCUUUAUAACAGUUAAAAGGAAUCAGCACAUCAAUAUUUGUAUAAACUACCGGUAGAUGUGGAAAGACUUCAGAUUGCCCCCCCGCUCAGUCCUCUUAUUUUUGGGAUAUGAUUUGAGGUAGCUGAAUCUAAUUCACAUGCUGCAGAGUAACACCUCCACACACCCUGGUUUUGUUUUACUGUGAAAUGGGUUUUUGCUCUCACAGUACAAGCAAUUGCUUUGUGUUGCAAUCAUGAAGCAUGCUCAUGCGAUUUGGCAGCAAAGCUCUCUUCUUAAAGAUGACUUGUUUUUGGUUGAUGUUCACCUGUAGACCUGUAGGUACAGCAUGUAGAUGGGAAAAUGCUUCCAGAUUUUGAGUCCUGAGCUCCCUGCCAAUUUAACAAGGUUGUCCAUUAUAAAAUCUCCUUAAUCCAUGAUUAAGGAGAUGGAUGAAAAGGAUGACCUGUCUUGUGUUAUUUGAAAUAUCUGUGGUAGUUAGCUUCUCCCAACUGUGCCUUCCUGGGUACUCAGUUCAGUUGCAGAAUAAUUCAAUGGUCAGAGAAAGUUGCUUUUGGGGUGUGUUGUUUUGUUUGCUAUGGUUUCCACUGCCUUUCUAGGCUCCCUGUCCAUUUCUGAGUAAAAAGUGCAUACAAUUGCACUGGGUGUGUAGUAUGCAUACUUUUAUACUCUUUUUCUGAGUUUCUAUUUUUAUAUUAGCAAAUUGACUAAUUGCAUUUCACUUUUAAAACAGAUAGAGGCUGCACAAUGUUUGCUUGGCUCCACUAGGAGGCAAUAAGAGACUGUCAAAUUGAGCUCACACUAUUUCUAUAAUUUUCAACACUUGAGCUUCUUUGGGUUAUUAAGUUGGGAUCCAGGGCUAUACAUGUUCUACAGCAUACCUUCACCCCCUGAAAAGCUGCCCUUGAAAGUUAGGUGGACCCUCUGGAGCAGGAUUUCAUCGGCUAUGAUAAGAUAACCACUGCCACUAGAUUAGGAAACCAGCUGUGGCCCCGCUCCCUGGAAUCACUUUGCACAGGAAGAUUGUUUAUGAAUCCCGAACAGCCCCAAGGCUGUUAUAUGUCCUGAUCAAAAGUUGCACAUGUGCUGAAGUGGUGUGAGGUAUGUGUCAUGCUACUGCAUGUGAUUACGAUCUAGCACCAAGCAUUAGCUAUGAAUUUUGGAGGGAUGGAAAACCUUAGACUCUGCCCUGCUUAGAGGUGAUCAGUGCUGUGCAGAGGUGUAGACAGAUAUUGAAAAUAUCUUCCAAUGCUACAUGCAUGGUUCAGAUCAAAUACUGGAAUUGCCACGAAUCACUCUGCAUGUUGUUUCCAUGUGCACAUGUUGUCCUCACUGGAUCAGAGUUUCAUCUGUUUUUUUUUUAAUAGAAACCAUUUCACGGUUUAGUUUACACUUUUGCUUUAAAGAUGAGUUCUUACAAACUUUGAAACAAAGUUGUGGUUUUAAACAACAACUACUACAAUGAGGUAUCAUCAUAGUUUUAAGGGAUUUAUAUUAACUGACAGUUUUGGUCUUUUAUAUAUAUUUGCCUAUUAUUUGUUUCAGUAUGAAUAUAAGAAGCUGUUUGAGAAAAGUAAGGGGCUGUAUCAUUUCGCACUGGAUACAGCUGAACAGCUGCACCACAAAGAAAACGCAGUGCUCCAAAGUCAGGUAUGCAGACAGUGUGCACAGUCCAGUAGCUCUGCAUGUUUGGAUUGUAUAUUAUGUACAGCAUAUAUGUUUAGAAGGAGGGAAAUGCUUUUCAUGCAUAAAAGAGAAUUCAUACACAAGGAAUGGGAAGCCCCUCCUCUGUGAAUGAACAAACUGUCAGUUUUAAAAAUUGCUGUAGUUUUGAUCCGCGCUCUGUUCUGUUAGGUGAAGUACAAAGAGAAGUAUGAAAAAUCAAAAGGCAGGGCCAUGAUGGAAUUUGUGGAUACCCCGACUUACCAAGUUUCAAAGGAGGCUCAGAGGUGUCAAAGUGAGGUUGGUGGAACGCUUUUGGAAAUCAUUACUGUACUGCAGUGUUCAAUACAUUGUGCUGCUAUGGCAUUUGAAUAAGGGCUGUGGGUAGUUCUUUCACUAUGAUGAAAUGCAUUAGUCACAGCCUAAGGAGAUAAUUCAGCCUAGUUCUCACUCAGUUUGGAUCUUGGAUUCCCCCCCCCCCCCACUGGGCAGCAUAUCAACUUGACACACUGCAUACUGGUUUUUGAAGUCCUCCCACUUUCAAAACCAUUUGCAGCACCACAUGCUGCUCUUCAGGAAACAACCACAUGUUCAAAACAGGCUUCAACACAUGGAACAAGUUGAGCAAAUCUUUGGAUCCCAUUGUGUCUCCCAUUUGAAGUUGGAAUAGCUGUUUUAGAGACUCACUUUGAUAUCCUCCAAAUGUUUAGAUUCUGUAUCUUUAUGUUUUGGAUUGUUCAGUGACAACGUUUUACCUCUUGCUGCAAUAUAACUACAGUUUACAUGAAACGGCAUGCAAUUUUAUAGUUAUAUAAAAUUUUAUUUCAUGCACAGAAAACAUAUCGAAAAGAAUUUGAAGAGAAACUCAAAGGAAAGGCAGCACUGGACUUGGACAAGACCCCGGAAUUCUUGAACGUGAAGCGUGUUACUAACCUGCUCAAAGAGGUAAAGGUAAAGGUAAAGGGACCCCUGACCAUUAGGUCCAGCCGUGACCGAAUCUGGGGUUGCGGCGCUCAUCUUGCUUUACUGGCUGAGGGAGCCAGUGUGCAGCUUCUGGGUCAUGUGUCCAGCAUGACUAAGCCACUUCUGUCGAACCAGAGCAGCGCACAGAAACACCGUUUACCUUCCCGCCGGAGUGGUACCUAUUUAUCUACUUGCACUUUGAUGUGCUUUCGAACUGCUAGGUUGGCAGGAGCAGGGACCAAGCAACGGGAGCUCACCCCGUUACGGGGAUUCGAACCACCAAUCUUCUGAUCGGCAAGUCCUAGGCUCUGUGGUUUAACCCACAGCGCCACCUGCACAAGCUGUAAUAAGUCAGAAGAUGGAAGAACCACCUCUAGUUACUUCUUGUUUUACUACGUAUAUAAUACUUUGGUAAGAGAGAAGUUGUUGUGAUGCAGUUUGUGUAGCCACAGAACUGCAGUGUGACAACAGUGGAUGGAGCAAGCGAGCAAAAACAAGCAGGCCAGAGUUGUGGGUGAGCUUGCCGGCAGAGUAAGCAAGCCUGCCAUUGGGCAGGCUGGUGACACAGACAUGCCUUCUCAUGUUGCUCCUAAUUUGCUUGCCUGCCCACUUGCUUGCACACAUGACAGGGUGAGUGAAGCCCCGGUUAGCACAAUAGUUAAGUGAGGUUGCCAACUCACUUAAAACCAUGGUUUCUGAUUCUUGUUUGCUGGCCAACCACAAACGAUGACUUGCCACUCUCAGAUAAUACCGCCAAAUCAUACUUAAGCUUCAUUAAAGAUUGUUUGGUGUGAUGUCUGAAUUGACUCGAAGCUUCAAAGAUACCUGGAGAUAAAUUGAAACAAUACCUCUUGGUUUGUCAAUCAAGGAGGAACGCAGAUCUUCUGGAGACAGUGUCAUAAACUGAUGUAACUCUGGGUUCUGUUUUCUGCAGCAUUAGCGUGAUAUCUUUCUACAUGUUCAUUUCAAUCACAAGUACUCAUCAUGCUAUGUAACUCUGAUUUGUGGAUAAGUGCCUUUUGCGUUGCAUUUAGUGCACCUUUGUGAAUAAUGAUAGCAUUAGCAGAACUUGAGUGACAGGGUCAUUUACUUGUCUGUAAUCUGAAAAAAAAAAACCCUACCAUCCAUAGUGGAAGCUCUUACAGUUUUAUAAAGUAUCUGUAGUAACUAGUUGUAUAAAAAGAAGAAUGUGGUUCCCCUGCUCCUAGGAGCAAGUAAAGAUUACAAUCUUUUCAUUCUUGGUGCAUCCUAUCUUUUGAUUUCCCGAUUCUAUUUUAACUAUGGUAAAUGUGCACUAUCUAAUUCAUAUUUUAUAGAGAUUUUCAAAGUAUUCCUUGAAAUAUUUAAUAAGAACUUUUCCUUUUCAAGAUCUUGCUCACGAUUUAAAGCUGAGAAACCUUUUCCUCCCCCCUCUCCUUCAAACCUUCAGAAAGAGUAUAGAAAAGAUUUGGAAGAAGGGAUGAAAGGAAAAGGACUGACAGUGUUUGAAGAUACGCCAGAGUUGAUUAGAGUGAAAAAUGCAGCUCAGAUACUAAAUGAGGUAGGUUAUGUUAGUAAAGGUUAUUAAUGUCGUGGAAAGUGAGCCCUUCACAAAGCACCCAAUGACACAUCUGCUUAGUUUUUAGAGUCUAUGAAAAAGUCCAUGCUUUGAAACUGUUUCCAACUUUUUUUUUUUUUUUAGAAGGAAUACAGAAAAGAUCUGGAAAAUGAAAUAAAGGGAAAAGGAGUUAAGCACAUCUCUGAAACUCCUGAGGUUCAAAAAGCAAAGAGAGCAUCUAAAAUUGUUAGUGAGGUCAGUAGAGCAAAACAUUUAAAAUUAUUCCUUUGCAUCUUUUAUGGCUUGGUGGAAUUAGUAAUUAAUUGGCACAUCCGGCACAAGAAGAGUAAUAAAGCUGAAUAGAACUACUGAAUUUCAGAAACACUUUCUGUAUUGUUCUCAUUUAAGCAAAUAUAUAUAGAAAUUAUUUUGUUUAUUGAAAAUCAUUGUAGAAAUCUAAUGCAGCACAUUCUGUUUUUGAAACGACGUGGAAGGCAUAACAUGCUGGAGUUCUUUGGCAAUGUAGCUUUGUAUUGCCAAAGGUAUAUUGGGUUACAUGGGAGUAAGUCCCAUUGAACUUAAUGGGCCUUGCUUUGCCUAUUGGGGUGCCAGAACGUUCAGCCAAAAGGGCAAGAUGGUUCCUAGAAGGCUGGGUGCCUUUACGAGCCAUUGGGCAAGAGAGUCAGAGGAGGAAAAUCCUUGCAUUUCCAAGGUGGUCUGAGGAAUGGGUCAGGGGUUGAUCCUUAUUGAAGGGACAAGCCGCUUUCCCUCCAGCCUUCUUUUGGCAACAGCACCUUCCCUCCCUCCCUGUUUCCCACUGUGCCUCAUGGUCUAUGCUAGGGAUUUCUCCCAAUCUGCAUUUUGGAUCGCAGAUUGGUUUUCUUUGCCUACUUCACACUGAAUAGUGGGAUGGAGUGCUAUAUGGUCUGCUGUGUUGUUUAAAUAGGUUAAUCUUCUUGAUUUGGUCGCUUUUGGCAGUUUCGGUGCGGGAAAAGAAAUAGCUUGGUUUAGCCUGGUGACGUCCUUUAGGCAUGUUUCAGCUGAUGGGUUGGCACAGAGGCUCAUUUCCUGGACUCUCAGGUUCAGAGGCUGGGAGAGGGGCCUCAUUUGAGGCCAAACUCUCUCAUCCACUUGUGGUUCUGCAGUCUUGGGUGGUGGUGAUGGGGUAAGUCUUUCCUUCUCACCUUUAGGGUGUGGAGUCAGGACAGGCUAGGGAGUUGUGCCCUAAUUCCUUAGGCAAUGGCGGGUCACCCAAUGGCUAUAGUUGUACAGUUAAAUUAGUUUCUGCCCCAUAGGCAUCCCCUCCUGAUGAUUUUAAUUGAAGGUCUAAAUAGAAGUGGCCCAGUUCAACCCCAGCUUAUGUGUCUACCUCUGUGUACAAAUAAAUAUUCUAGAGCAGUUAACUCAACACACCUUCCAACACAUUUUUAAUAAUAUAUAUGCUUAUUUAGAAAAUUAGGAUGUGUUAGGGCCCACUGAAAAUAAAAUGUUCAUUGUGAAUUAAUUAUUUAUAAUUUAUAUCACUUGGUAAUCUCCAAGUCAAUAGCACAGGCUAUUUAAAUUAGGAAGCGUUCUUUGUAUACUAAAAACAAACAUAUAUUUUUUAAAACCAUUGCUGAAAACUCCCCAUGUAACUCAGUACCUCAAUAGAAUUUUAAACCACCAUUAUUAAAGGGUUUGACCAUGUGUUUAAUAUGCAAGCCUUCUAAACACUCUGACACAUUUAUUCAUUUUGUAGGUGUGCAAGAACUCCGCUGUAGAGAGAAACCACUUGCCUAAAUUGUAAAUUGGUCUUUGAGGGCAAAGGUUUUGAAUAUGCAAUGCGUAUCAUUUAAAGGUGUUCUGCUCUCUCCUACCCAUUCCGUUUCAAAUAGACCCUGAUUUAUAUUUUUUUGUGUGCACAGAAAGAAUAUAAAAAAGACCUGGAGACUGAAAUUAAAGGGAAAGGGAUGCAGGUUGGCACAGAUACUCCUGAAAUACAGCGAGCCAAGAGAGCAUCUGAAAUUGCAAGCCAGGUUUGUUUAAAAUGCUUCUUGAAAUGGAACUGUAUGCUUUAUAGCAUCAUAUACGGUAAUAUGACAACUUUUGGAAUUUAUACUCAUGUUUUGCAAGAGUGGAGCAUUUUGGUCUGGUGUCCCAUCUGCACCAUACAUUUAAAGCACUCUCAUACCUCUUUAACAUCCAUGGCUUUGCCUGAAGUUAAAACUGAAGUUAAAGGUACCGAGAAUCAUAAGGAGACCCUUCAAAGAGCUACAGUUCCCAGCACCCUUAACAAACUGCAGUUCCCGGUACAGUGGUACCUCGGGUUACAUACGCUUCAGGUUACAGACGCUUCAGGUUACAGACUCCGCUAACCCAUAAAUAGUACCUCAGGUUAAGAACUUUGCUUCAGGAUGAGAACAGAAAUCGUGCUCUGGCUGUGUGGCGGCAGCAGGAGGCCCCAUUAGCUAAAGUGGUGUUUCAGGUUAAGAACAGUUUCAGGUUAAAAAUGGACCUCCGGAACGAAUUAAGUUCUUAACCCGAGGUACCACUGUAUUCUUUGUGGGAAGCCAUGACUGUUGAAGUGGUGUGCUUUAAAUGUAAGGUGUGCUUGUGACCCUAAACCAAAAUAUUCAACUCUUGCAAAACUGAGUGUGAAUUCCAAAAGUUGGCACGGAUGAGGUUGUAGCUGGACCACCAACCUAAGCUGGUGGAAGGCAGACCACUAUGGCCCCCUGUGCCUUAAGUGACAGCAGUGGGUCCAGGAGAACCGUCAAGCUAUGAACUUGGUCAUCUGAGGGAGUGUCUCUCCAUCUAGAGCAGGCUGCACACCACUCAUCUAGACAGAGGAACGACUCACUAACAGCACCUCAUUGUUGUCUGGAUUAAAUGUUACUUUAUCGGCACCCAUUCAGCCCAUUAUCAGAGCCAAGAACUGAUUAAGUACAUCUACUCCCUCACCAGCAGAAGAUAGAAAGGAGAAAUAAAGCGGUGUGUCAUCUGCAUACUGGUGACAAUGCACUCCAAAACUCUGUGUGACCCCACUCAGUGGUUUUGUGUAGAUGUUAAACAUUGGGGACAGAACUGAUCUAUGCGAAACCCCAAACUGGAGAACCUCACAGAGCUGAGCAGUGCUCCCCAAGAACCACCGUCCGGAUCUGGCCACCCAAGCAGGAGUGGAAUCACUUCAAUGUGGUUCCCCCAAGACUCAGCUCAAACCCCAGAAAAAUAACAUGGCUGAUGGCAUCAAAAGUCAUGUAGGGAGACUCUGCAGAGCUACACUCCCAGCUCUCUCCUGAUGCAGAUCAUUGUACAGGGUGACCAAGUCAGUUUCCAUACCAAACCAGGUCUGAAUCCCAAUUAGACUAGAUUCCAAGUUGGGUCUCUUAUUAGAAGGGCUUUAGUACUGUUGGCUGUAAGGUUCUGGUGAGGGUACUGUGGGGCUUCAUAUGAAAUUGCUCACAUACCCAAACCCAGCAAGACUAAACCACCUGCACGUGGUGCAGGAAUUCAAUCCUGCUUUCUACAGGGAACUGUGUCUUCAGCUGCAUGUCCACCUACUUCCCACCUGAUCCUACAUACGAUGUCAGGUGUGGGAUGAUUAGGUGUGGUUUUGGGAAAAUUGGCUCGUGGGCUAAACAGGGAGCCAAGGACUUGUGGUAGUAAACUUUCAUUGAUACCUUACCUGUAGAAGAACAGAGGAAGGGCUUUUCAUCCCCCAUUUGCAUUGAAUGUCAAUAUCAGUGGUAAGCAUUUAUAAGACAUAAAUGCUCAAACCUUAAACUAGUGAGUGGAUCUUGUGACAGAUGAAUUUAGUCCUUUCUGAAUUACAUCUAUUAUUUAUAAUGCUCAAUUAUAUGAAUUUAUCCAUUGAUUCAGGACAGUGAAAACAGGAGCAACCUGAAAUAAAAUACUACAGAGAUGAUGAUGAUGAUGAUGAUUAUUUAAAAGAAGCAUUUUUGUUAAAUGAUUUUCUUCCUUAAGGAACAUCAGAUAUAUCUGAGUAUCUCCUAUGGAGUCAGUAUUGAGAGUAUAAAGGGACAAUUUGACCUUCAUGGGUGCUAUUUAAUAAAAGCAUGCAGAUUAAAGCAGGAUCUGUAUAAAAGCUUCAGCUGCUGUAGAUCUGAGUAUUUCCUGAUCUGUCCUUCACAGAAAGAAUACAAGAAACAUCUAGAAAUGGAAAUUAAAGGGAAAGGCAUGCAGGUGGGCAUGGAUACUCCUGAUAUACAACGAGCAAAGAAAGCUUAUGAAAUUGCAAGCCAGGUUAGUGCAGAAUGCAUUGCUUCAAUGACAUUUACAGUAAAAUACAAUGGGCUUUUAAACUUUUUUUUUUUUACGAAAUCCUUUUGAAAGCAGGAAGUAUAGAAAAAUAAUAAAAACUGAAUCUGACAGAAGCACAGCCAGGCAUCAGAAAUCUAGUUUGUGUGCAAGCAUACCUUUUUGAAAGCAGCACACAUGAAUUAUUCCAGCUGUAUGGGUAUGAAAGGCUAAAGAUAUUGUAUGUCUAAGAAUUCAUUAACGUUCCAUUUCUUACAGAAAGAAUAUAUGAAGGACCUGGAGACUGAAAUCAAAGGGAAAGGAAUGCAGGUGGGCUCAGAUAUCCCAGAGAUACAGCGAGCAAAGAAAGCUUCUGAAAUAGCCAGCCAGGUGGGUAGGGAAUGAAGAGUAAUUAAGUGGCGCUUGCAGUUCGGAAGUGUCCUCCUGCUCACAGGGUUGUUCGUUUUGUUCUGAUAUGAGUCUUAUUUUUUAAUAAGUAUGCAUGCUUCUUAUGGCAGUGCAUUUAUUUUAAUGUGUGGAUGCUAAAAUAAAAAUAAUAAAAGAUACAGACUUUAAUUCUGAGUUAUAUUAAGGCCCAGUUUGACAUUGUAUAGGAAUUGUGAAGCGACAGUAAAGUAGGCUUACACAUAUUUAAGCCUAUUUAGUUGUUUAAUUGCUUAAUACAUACAUACUUAUUUUGACACUAAUACUAAUAAUUUUAUUAUUUAUACCCCACCCAUCUGGCUGGGCUUUCUAUUUUGUAGAAAAAGUACAAAGAUGAAGCAGAGAAGAUGCUGUGCUCCUACUCUGCUGUUCCAGACACUCCUGAAAUCGAGAGAAUUAAAAACACACAGAGAAAUAUCAGUGCUGUAAGUAGCAACAAUCCAAAUUUUAAGGGAAACUCUUAACAAAGUUCAACAUCAAAUGAACUCUCUUGUGUCCCAGGGCACAAUGAAAAAUGUACCGUUCAUUGUCCCCAAGCCUGUUGCAUACCCUCGUUGGUAAAGGUUGUACCAUUCCUGUUGGCGGGUGGUUAUUGUUAUUGUUUUGUUAUUGUUUGUUAUCAUGGUAUGUAAUUUUUUAAAAAUAUUGUAAACUGCCCUGUGAUCUUCAGAUGAAGGGAGGUAUAGAAGUUUAAUAAAUAAUAAUAAUUGCAACAAUAAUUUUCACAGUACUGUGGGAAAAGGUAGCAAUGCAACGAUUUUUUUUUGAGCAGUGCAGUCUUCUACAGAGUUAUGUGGACUUAAACCCCACUGAAUUCAAUGGAGCCAAAUUUAUUAUGGCGUCAGCUUUUAUGGAUCAGAGAAAGUAUGAAGUGCACUCUACUCCAUUGUUGGUUUAUACUAUAAUAAAUUUAUUAGUCUUUAAGUGGUGGGAUGCUGUGAUGGAGGUGAGGGUAGCCCUGCACUCUUUUUAAAGGGCUACAAGAACAGGUAUACGGGAAAGUGCUCAACCUUUAUCAGAUGCUAAGAGCCAGGACAAUUAAACCUUAAACAUCUGUGGAUAUCACUGCGAAGUAUGCUACCUGUUAUGGCCUUUCCCAAUGUGCACUCUUUUCAUAUGAGGUUCCAGUAAAUAAAAUGAGUUUAUUAGUUCUUGUGGUGAUUUAGUUUAUGGGAAGCUAAAACAACAGAGGCGGUAUACUUUAGUAUUUGGAACAUUGCCUGUUGUUGCAAACUUGUGCCAGGAAGCAUACCUUCAUAAUUAUUUUUCUAUUGUUCAAUGAAGGUGUUGUACAAGAAAGUGAUAGGAGCUGGUACAGCUGUAACAGAGACUCCAGAGAUUGAACGAGUAAAGAAAAACCAGCAAAAUAUUAGCGCAGUAAGUUUUAAAAAAACAGAUGCUCCUCUGUGCGAAUUUUUAUUAUUGCUGUUGUUAUUGUUGUGGAAAUGCACUGUACUAAAAAACAACAAACAAAAAUAGAACUAUAAAACUGACAUUCCAAGUGAAAUAUAUCAUAAUUCAGCAUCAGUCAGAUUCCCCAGCCCACCUGCAUUUGAAACCCUGGGGGCAAACCCUUUGGAGCAAAGAAGCAGCGGACACAGGAAGAGUUAAGCACUCUCCCUUUCUUUCAUUCUCCCAGUUCAGGAGCUACUGUAUUUACAAAAGAGCGGGGGAAAGCCCAGCCUCUUAAUAUAUGCAUGUAACUCUUAAUCUCUGGGUUGUGGGUUCGAGCCCCAUGUUAGGUGAAAGAUUCCUGCAUUGCAGAGGGGUUGGACUAGAUUCUCACCGUGGUCCCUUCCAACUCUGCAGUUCUACGAUUCUAUCCCCUGAUUUUAUAUGCAUGAAGUGUCCUUUUUCUUGUAUAUUUCUGUCUCUGCAGUACUUCUUGAGGAGUCUCAGUCUAACACCCAGUUUUGCAACUUCUUAUGAUAUCCUUCUGACAUCAUCAGAAUGUUUGACUUUAUAUCGUAAACGCUGAAAUGAAACAAAUUUCCAACCUGCACUUAAUAUUGUCGAAAGACGAUAGAUCUAUUGUUUGAUCUAUUUUAGGGAAUAUGUGUCAGUUUUUAAACUUCCUUUCCCUUUUUGUGCACCAGCCCUGUAACUGCAGUAAAAAUCCCUGUUGAACCAAAUGGAGACUGUACAGCAGCAGUAGCACUAAUAUACCUUAGAGCAAAUUAUGUUAAAGUUAGUAAUGCUUCUCUUUGCACAUAUUUUACCAAUGAAAUACAAAGAAAUAAUUACGUUAUGCUUCAGCAUACAGCCUUAAAUACCAAACUAAUUAGAACAUUUGGAAUUUAAACACCAGGUGCCCUAUUUAUCAUUGUUCAGUUGCAAUGUUAUUUAUAUAUAUCUGAAAUUAAUAGGCUUACUAUAAAGUGCAACCUGGUAAAGCAACUGCUGUCAGUGUCACUCCUGAGAUGGAGAGAGUCAAGAAGAAUCAAGAAAUUAUCAGCUCGGCAAGUCCUUUGUUUUUCCUUGUUUCUUUUUAUUGUUUUGGAUUAAUAAAGAAUUUAACCUUUCUGUGAUGAGUGCAUCAUGCCUUAACAAAUCAUGUCCUUAAUAAAUUAAUUUUGAAUCUUUAAGAGUACUAUAGAAAUGUGUAUUUAUCCGUUGGGCCUAGUGACUGCUAAUAAUGAAGCAGUAGGUUUCAUGUGUGUUUUUCUUAUUUCUCCACUUUGUUUUUUAAUGACUUUGCCAAUGUUUACUAAAGUACAAUCUUACAUUUUUUGUAUCAUGCAUUAUUAACUAGUCGGUUAUGAAUUGUAGUGAAGGUCGAUGACUUUGAACGGGCAGACCAGUGCAAUGCGCAUUACCACAUCUCCACAAUGCCUAUUCAUUUUGGGAUAGAAUGGUAAAAGAAUAUCAGUUGCGCGUGACAUUAAGCAUGAUUUUCCUGUCAAGUUGUGCACACUCGAAAAAUCCAUGUGCUGUCUUUUGCAGGUCAAGUACAGCCGAGAUCAGCAACAGAUGAAAGGUAGACCUAGUAUGAUUGUAGACACACCUGAGCUGAGGCAUGUCAAAGAGACACAAAACAACAUCUCAAUGGUAGGGUACAUUUUUCACAUAGCUAGUGUGUUCUGAAGAACAGUAGCUGUAGAUUGGAUUGGAUUGAACCCUUCAUUAAUCUAGGUAACUAGCACGGUGCGCUAAAGUCUGGACUGAGUUUUCCCCCUUACACAGUGGUUCUUGGGAUGGGGGUUUGCUAACUGCAUUUAAAUGUUGCAUAUUGCUAUACUAAUAAAACGACUUCCCUAACCAUUCACUCGUGUGGCUUCUUAAAGACACUUCACGUGGUUCCUCUCUGUUCCAGCAUUGCAGAUUUUAACUGGAGAGGGUGAUACACACACACACACUGCCUUGUGCCUGUGCAUGUUUUUGAUUUGUGUGUGCAAGUAGAAUUCUGAAUUUGGUUGCUCUGAUUGCCUUUGCCUGAAGGAUUGUGUAUGUGUGAGUGUGCUGUGUAUAUGACCGUAUGUGAGGAAUGGGGGAGGGAGGCUUUUAAAAAGCAUAUCGAUAUCUGCGAUACCUUGAAAAGUCAUACUAAUUUGAAAUUUUAUCCUAACGUAUUGAUAUGGAGCAUUUGUGCUUUCUACAACUGAAACUGAAUGAAAUGUAAGAUGAUUUUGAAGGGUUUAGCACCAUCAUUUGCAUGUGAAUGUAACACUAAAUGCAAUAGACUGCAUGCGACUUUUUAUCUGUAUACAAAAAGUAAUUACCUUAAAAAAACAAAACCAGCGACGACAAUGGGAAUUGCACUUCUAUUGGGCCUUGUAAUGGCAAGGAACAAUUGCAUGGCAGUGGUUAGCAGCUUGAAAUAAGCAAAAAUGUCAGUGCCCAAGAAAAAUAAUGGUGACAGUGCCUAUCUUCUACAGCUCUCAAUACACCUUGUCAUUGGACUAGAAAAUAAUAAUCUUCCCACCCCUCUCCAGGUCAAAUACCAUGAAGAUUUUGAGAAGACGAAAGGCAGAGGUUUCACUCCAAUAGUGGAUGAUCCUGUGACUGAACGGGUGAGAAGAAAUACCCAGGUGGUUAGUGAUGCUGCCUACAAAGGUGUCCACCCACAUAUAGUUGAAAUGGACAGGAGACCUGGAAUAAUUGUGGGUAAGUUUCUACUCUGUGCUUUACUGACCCAAAUAUAUUAGGUGGGCCAGCUCUGCAGAAUAAUCUUGCUCUGUUAUUUAUUUACUUAUCUAGCUAUCUUGUUCUGUCUAGUUGCAGUGUUAUCUGUAUUUGAUGUUUUGUACCUUUGUUUCAAUAUGCAAUUCUUUCUUAAGAUUAAAAUGAUAGGUCAGUUUUGGGUUAUCAGGCGAUAAUUGUCUGCCGCAGUAUUCCUGAUUGCAGUCACCUCUGAAGUAAUGAGUAUAGUAAUUAACAGAACAGAUGAUAAGAUGAAAGGUAUUUUAAUCAAACAUUAAUUUGCUCUACAAAGACUGAAAGGUAAAGAAAGAGAGAGAGACAAUAUAAAAAGUACUUAAAUUGUUAAUAUGAGCAGCCAAUUAUUAACAUUCUUAACUUUCUUUUAAAAAAAUGAAAGUAAUCACUGAAGAAAUUGCCAUUUGACUUUUUCACGUAGAUUAGCAGAAAAGGAAUUCAGCUCCAUGAUUUUAAUACCUGGUAUGAUGAGAUUUUUAUUGUUGGAAAAGUCGUGGUAUUUUUAUUUGCAAACUAUAAGUGCUGACCUGUGCAUUGAAAUGAAAAUGAGAUGCAUUCAUUCUUUUCCUUCAGUACCACACUAAGAAUCGCGUAAAGUUAUUUCUGCAAUGUUGGAUAGUAUUUAUGAAACUAUGAGGCCACAACUCAUAUCUCACACUUUUUCAAAUGUUAUUUUUCCCAUGGUCAAAUCCAUGGUAAAACCCAUCUCCAUGCCCCCAGGCAUUAUUUAUGUCUUCCCUGAUAACAUCUUUGUGCUUUUACGUUCUUCCCCCAAUCGUCUUACUGUUUCUUUUUGGGAAAGACCUCAAAGUUUGGCGCACAGAUCCUGGCUCCAUCUUCGACAUUGACCCUUUGGAAGAUAAUAUUCAGUCUAGGAGUCUACAUAUGCUUUCGGGUAUUGUUUAACUCAUGAUUUUCUCCAGUGCUUGAUUGUAGUCAAGUAAUAUUUGACCAGCCCAUCUAACGAUGUAGUUGCUGCUUUUCAGAACUGAUUUGUGUGAGCACAGAAGCAAUUUUUUUAAUGGGGUGGCCUGUGCACUAAUUCACUGAGUGAGGCUUCAUUUACUCCACAUGUUUGUGUUUCCUGAGGCAAUUUACUGAUGUCUGGGCUGGCCUAAAGGCUGCAGAUCUAAUGCCCACUACUGUCUAAUUUAAGCACUGGAUGUUUAUUCCAAUUAUGAAAUUUAUUUAAUAUCACGACAAUGGUUAGUUUAAUUUUUGCUAUGGAUCACAUGGCUUGGCUUAUAGAAAGAUCCAGAAUGCAAUUUAAAGUUGGUGAUAGGUCUUGUGGGUUUUCUAUCAGCUACCUUGAUUCUGUGGUUAAAUGGGAUUGAUUAUGCGGGGUGGGGCUUACCUGGCCUUCCCAAUACUGUAUUCAAGUUGGCACCACUGGUCACAGCUGUACCAGUAUUUGUGGGAACAGUCUGUGCAUGGCCCUAGUCAGAAUCCAAUAGCAGCAUUCCUGUGCAAACAGUUUUCCCUACUUGCACAUUUUAGUGAGCUCAUAGAUUCCAGUUAUUAGUAUCUUGGGGCAGCUUUGCACAAGAUGUUGCUAGCAUGGGAAGUACCCAAGUUGUCAGCCCUGUUAUUUGAAUAAAAACAAAAAAUAAAGAAGCUCUCUCUUACUUUACUCAUCUGUCCUAUAGCUAUUUACUGCAGUAUUGUGUUUCCCCUCGUAGAAAAAGCAAGACGUUACAGUAAACAGCAUUUCCGUUCUACCAGUACUUCUGGCGUUGGAGAUGACAAAUCAGAGGGCUCUAUGUUUUCUUGUUCCAGUGAGGUAACAAGGCCAUCUAACGAAGGAGGUACCCAUAGAUGUCCUCUGUUCCCUUCUGAUUAACAGUCACAGUGUGCCUGUUUCCUUGCACAUCUCCAGGUUAACUCAGCAACCUUUGUUUGCCCAGUAAACAAACAGCUGUGUAAGAGAAGUAUUUUUAUUAAUGUCAAAGAGCCCUUGAAAUAGCCAGUAAGAUUUUGGUUUGUGUUUGUUUUUUUUCAUGCAGUGUUUGAUUCACAGGUCUUAAUGCCUCUUCUUGGUUAGCUAUUAACAUACUUGUUAAAUAAAUGUUUUUGUUUUUGUUUUAUUGAAGCUCGUCCACCUCUGACUUCAGUUGUGCAGAGUGCAAAUAGCUUGAAAUAUGUGACUUUAAGUAGGGCGGUGGGGGAAGGAAGGGGGCCAGUCUAUUUAAUGCCUUUGUCCCAUGUACAAGCUCAUUGGAUAGUGUGAGGAGAAGAUAGAGACCGGGGCUGUCUAAUGUAGUUUUGGUCAACUGUGUUUGAAAGGUGUUCAUGGUCUUUGCUAUGUGACCGAUCUGUACUGCUAUUACACAGCAAGAGGUGCAAUGUUUUAGUUGAUUUAGGAUGCCAGCACAGUAUUACAAGCAGUUAUGGUGCUCAGUCCUACACCCACACCAUAUGUGUUUGUGUAUGUCUGUCUAUGUGUAUAUUCUGUAUUGUGUUGGGUGUUUUGUAGGAGUACACAGCAUCUAAGUCACUGAGAGGGGCAAGUACCCAAGUCUUGAAUUAUUUUGUGCUUUCUGCUAUUGUGUUCAAUUGCAGGGCCCCUGAUCAUUUAAAUUAAAGGUUUGUCCUCCACUGUAAAUCACAUCCUUACAUUCUUAACACACAUUAUCACAGGGCAACUUGUAGACUGAGGAUUGAUAGUUCAGGCUUCCCUGUGUUUCUUGCAUGCUUUUAUUGGAAUUCUGGUAUAUGUUGGCAAAGUCCCAGCUCAUUCGAUCUUCAUGCCAGUGUUCUGAACGAAGUUGCCAACCAUUUCCUUAAAUGAAUAUACAUGGAGAGCUUAAUAAGCAUGCUUGUUGUUGUGUCUGUGCUUUAAAGUGGAUUUUGCAUUACACUUAAAUAUGUCUAUGAAAUAUUCAUUGCAAUCUUCUAUUCUUCUUGACUAUAUUUCCAGGCCAUUUAAACUAUGCCUUGUCAUUUCAGGGAGGUAUUUCGUCUUAAAACUGAAUAGCUUUAGCACUCCCAUUAGCAUCUGACAACUAUGUGUUUCUUAUUUGGAAUUUAAUAUUUGGGUCUCUGAAAUUUGCCAAGUUCAAGCCCAUUAGUGACAAACUAUGUAUUUUCUAUUAUGAAACACCAAUGUUAAAAUAAAUGUGUUAAUCUGAAAAGAAGGUCCUCUCCCAUAAUGAGUUAUCUUGCUUACUAUAUUUCUGUAAAGUCCUGAAUACUUUUCUUCAGUUGUAGUUGACAUAAGUUGCGAUUCAAAUAUAUAUAUUUGUGUGUAUAUAUAUAUAUAUAUAUAUAUAUAUAUAUAUAUGAAUGAAUAUAUAUGAGAGAGAUCCAGCCACUAUCAGAUGUUUUGCAGUUCCAGUGAACUAAGUCUGAGAAGUAUCCCUUUGUUGUAAGGCACAAAUACAAAGGAAUGCAAAAUUAUAAAAAGUGCCAAAAACCAACAAUGAAAUUAAGGAGAAUAAAACCAUCCUGAGAGAACUUUUCAGUUAGGGGGGCUACCACAGAAUUUUGAAUAUAUGUUUGAAUACAUGUUUCCAUUAAUGUAGCGACUGCAUUGUGGUCCCAUGGAUGGUGCAUCUUGUAUAUGAUAUUUUAUGAGCUACCUAUACAUCAGCGAAAGGGGUUGAGUAGGCAAGACUUCUCAGCCUAAUGGAAUCUGUGUGCAUUUAUGUAAUAAAGCGGCAAACAUUCCCCCAUUCAGACACAUAAAGGGUUUCUAGCUGGCCUGUUUAGUAGGUUCUAAUAUUAGAAUAUUUUAUGAAUGGUUUUGUAGAUCAAAGGAUCUCUUUGUUCAAAUUGUUACUUUCCAGGCUUUAUGAUUUUGCAACUAUUAUACAAUUAGAUUAUAUAUACUUCAUGGUUCAUUUCAGUGCAUUUCCUGUUGAGAUGCAUAGUGAAAAGAAAGUAAGUCAUAAAAGCAAAGUUAAGAUUCCAUCAGAUUUUCUAGUUGAGUAGAUAAUUAAAACCAAACCACUUUUUAAUCAUACUUAAUGGAGCAAGGAGCUUUUAUGAUACAGCAGUCUUUUGUUAUUGUUUUCUUAUUUAACCAUGUGUAAAAACCUAGCAAUUUGUAAUGGCUUUGUUAUUUUUCGGAAAAAUGGGGAAGAUUUUACUGCGUGGGGAAAGAGCUCAUAUAAUUAAAAAGGUUUUGCAUGGUAAAGUAUUCUGUCUUGGAAAGACCAACGAUCUUUAAAAUUUCUUUCUUUUUUUUUACAUAAGGUUUAUACCGUCGGAAUGGGAAUGUCAAUAGGACUUCAGGCAGGCGGGAUAGAAAGGUCUUGAGCAAUAGAUAAAAUAAUAUCUAUAGGGCAAGGUUAAAUAAGGACACCUGCAGUGAUGAUCCCUCCACCACGAGGGACUCUUCAUGAACCAAAUCCAGCACUGACUGCCUAACAUCAAGGUUAGAUGCUAUGCAGUCUGCUGGGAUGUGGAAGGCUCUAUGCAUCCUGGGUAGUAUUAUCUGCAGCUUAUACCGCAUGAUGCAACAUUGCCACUUUUCAUGCCAAACUCCCCUUUGGAACUGAGUUUAAAGUGGACUGUGAUGAAUUGACAAGCAGUUCCUUCCUGCUGAGCUGCCUUAGGAUGGGGCCAGGUAUAGUGCUGCCUGUGACUUGCACACCCUCGGGUAGGAGUACUCUGAGCCUGUUAUUUGCCCUGGGCAAUGGAACAUUCAGCCGGCAGCUCUGCAUCUCUUUGGGAGCAGGACUGCUUGCUUUCCUGCAAGGUCCCUGUGGGCACAUGUAUGUAGUGUGUGACCUACUAAGUUUAAGAAAGUUUUCAUUAGAGCUAAGCGAUCAAACGCAAAAGGCAGAAGGACACCUCAAAAACAAACAAACAAACAAACAAACAAACAAACAAACAAACAAACAUGAAAGAUCUAGCUAACCUAUGAAUGCCUAUAACUCACAGACAUAGGGUUGCCUUGGGUACAGGAGCAGUAUGUUGGGUCUGUAUAGAAUUGCAGGUGGGGAGCAAAGAAAUAAUGGCCACUUGUGCAAAUGUUCUUUAGAGUGAUAAUUGUUCAUUGCAACCAGUAAGUUUAGCUGCAUGUGGGCCUGAGUUGCACAUACUGAUUUGCAUGCAUACAGGAAACGGAGAUUAGUGUUCAUUACUGCAGAAAUUUCUCGGCUUCACCACUUGAUCACAUCUUCCAAUCGGUUGCUCAGAUUGUAGAUGAAAAAGUAUUUGGGAAGACAUGACAUCCCUGCUUAAAAGGAAAAUGAUACUAGAGAAGUUGUAUGUCUUAAAGAGACAUAUCCUUGGCAUGGGAUAUGCCAGGGAUAUCUCUCUCCCUGACCUUGUGACUAUAAAACGCAGGCUAAUUUUUGUCCUUCCCUUACACCGUCCCCCACCCCUGCUGCUUUGGGCAACAUCUUGCUUGAUAAAAUGUUAUCCACAACUCAAAAGCUUGCUACUAUUUUGUGACAUUUUGGUUGGUUCCAACAACCCAACAGCAGAUUUAGGACAUUUGUUUCGUAUGGACCAACAUACCGGCCACCUUUGUGUGUAUUUUUACCCAAUCAAUAAAUGGAGGAAGAGAAAAUCACAACACAAUGUCACUCCACUUUUAGAAGGGCAACCUAGAUCCUUCUGCAGGAAUGGGGAGGACUGGGCCCACUGGUGCCAAAAUGACAGCAUCCUCAUGUCUCCAUAAUAUCUAAUCCAGAGGUAGCCAACGUGUGCUCUCCAGAUUUUGUUGGACACCAACUCCCACCAGCCCCAUCCAAUAUGGCCAAUGCUUAAGGAUAAUGGGAACAGAGUCCGACAACAUCUGGAAGUAACUAUGUUGGCUACCUCUGGUUUAACCUACAUCCAAAGAACUCGGGAACAGAUAUCCUACUUUGGGUCAGAGAAUUUGGAGACCUUUUGAUGCGCUUUUGGAUACCUUGAUAACAAUUGUUUUUCCCCACCUAAUAUAAUUUUAGGUUUUAGCAGAACCCUGGUCCCAAAGUGAAUAUGAGUUGUUUGCUGCCCACUGCAUUUGUAGUGUAGACAGCACAGAAGUAAUUUCCUUUACUGCUGAAGUGAACUCUGUCUGCGAAGAGAGGUGUGAAUGCACCUCUUAUGACUCUCUGGGUAGUUGAUCAGCAAGAUGUAGGAAGGUUGUGAGGCCAGAACCACAUCUACCAACCUUUGAUUUUCAUGUUGGGGUAUGUAGCCAUAGAUUGUAAACAAGUACUGCUUCAUAGAAUAAAAAAUUCAAGGGGGUGCAGCUCUUUUGAAGUGGAAUUGUAGACAACACAACAUUGGUAUGUGACAUUAACUAUAGAAUGUUUUCACUUAACUUUGUUUUUGUUGUUGUUUUUUGUUCACUCUUACAGGGCCAAUUUGUGCUGCUUUUCUCUUGAUUCAGAUAGCAAUAUAACCUUGAGUAAAUCACACUUUUCCUUGCAUCUGCCAAGUUUGGGGUGUCAGUGUGUGCUUGGGGAGUCCCCCACCAAUUUUUAAAGUUAGUUUUUCUAUCUAAGACAAGCUUUAUUUGUGUAUACAGAAGCUCUUUCUGCUUACUCCAGUUCCUACUGAGGAAACCAACUACUGCAGAUGUUGUAAAGGGAGAAGAAAGCACCACUUCACUUAAUGAAUGACAAUAGAAUGUUCCCUUGUAGUAAUUCAUUUAUGUUUCUUUUGCCAUGCAGCCCCUGUACUUCCGGGUGCCUAUCAACAAAGUCAGCCCCAAGGAUAUGGUUACAUGCACCAGACUAGUGUGUCAUCUAUGAGAUCAAUGCAUUCACAGCCACAUUCAGCUACCUUGGUGAGUAUUGAGUUAAAUAAUUAAUCCUUUUCACAGCAGCCUCUCUCCUGCAAACACAAUUAUUUUCCCUCUUUCCUCUAUAACUGAGCCUGUCUUAAAAAAACCUUUAUCUUGCAUUUUUUCACAUGGACUAUAAACAUGUUCUCUAAACUUAACCUGAGCAAACUUAAUUUUUUUUUUGGUAACGGACCUGUUUAAGACCUUAAAGGAGUACAAAUCUCAAUUACAUAUUACAAUCUAUGCUAUAGCUAAAUUACUACAUUGUAAUUGAAUUAUGGUGGAGAUUUCCCCUGACAGCUGCCUUAUGUAAUUACAUGUAGAACUUUGAGCUUUGUUUCUCAGUUACACCCAGAUCAUAAUAAGCUUCUAAAAAGUUUUAGAAGUUUUUCACAGUGUGGCUAUGCUGUCUGGAGCUGAUAGGAAUCAUUUUCCUAAACUUCUUGAGGGCAUCAGGUUGGCAAAGGCUGUCCCAGAAUCAUAAGAUACAGUAAAGAAUCGCAUUCCCACACCUUCUAAUACAGUAUUUGAUAUUCUGAAUAUCUCUUGAUGUUUCUGGCAUAUGGCUGGAAACUGACACUUAAAAACAACAACACAACCUCAGCUUGAUGAAGAAUGAUGGAUUAAAACACUACCAAAAACCUACCAUAAACUGCUUUGAACGGCAGUGAAUAAAUGUGUAAAAUUGCUUGGAUCUUCAAACUCUGAGUUAAAAGCUUUCUGUAAACAAUGAAAUAUUGCUGCAAGCAUUUCCACUGCGAAAUGCAUCAUAGGACCCAUCCAUAUGUCCACUUCUCCCAUACUUUUUUGGCACGGAUCUGAGCAGUUUUUCAUUUGUCUUGCCAUUUCCCCCGGGAAAACCCACUCUUUACUGCUGAAUUGGAACAAAUAUCUGCAGAAAAACCAGGUUAAAGCAGCUGCACAAGCAGAAGUGUGGACAAGCUCAUAGAAUCUUGGGUGGAAUAAUAAUAAUAAUAAUAAUAAUAAUAAUAAUAAUAAUAAGCCACCCAUGUGACUGGGUUGCCCCAGCCAAUCUGGGCGGCCUGGGCGGCUCCCAACAGAUGAAUCUUCCAUACUUAGGUUGGCAUAAAUGUGUUUAGUAAAUUGUGGUUGCUUAAGAAUACAUUUUGAAAUACUGAUCACUAAGUUUAGCUAGCAAAUGUGACCACAUCUUUAUGGCGAAUAUCUAAAAAACUCCCCAACAAUAAUUUAUCUCUCUCCCCACUCCCACACCCCAAAUGUGUACAUAUCUAUGUGUACUAUGUGUGGUUAUAUACAGUACAAUUAAUGGCAGGAAAAGGGUGAAAAUCCUCCUAACAAUAUAGUUGAUCAUUGAAUUUGCCUGAUAUAGAGUAUUGUGACGUGUAAUUGGUAUGGUAUAUUGUGUACUUUUUAAGUGCCAGUUCAUACCAAUGGUAUUCUCCCUGAAUAUGGAUAUCUUAGCUUAUUUUAUGACGACCAGGCAAGUGACAAUCCAUAUUUCAAAAGAGUUUCUAAUAUUCAGGGCUGCAUACUCAAGACUAUCCCUAGUUCCAUGAAGAAUAAUUUCUUAGCAAUUUGAACGUUUGCUGAUCUAUACAACCUGCAUUGCUGGUGACAUAUAAUGUAGGUUUGUAGAGACUGGUUUGUUGGAAAGUCUGUGAAUUGUGUUUAAUGGACUCCCCUCCCCUUUCUUUUCACAGAGAACAUAUAGAGCAAUGUAUGACUAUAGUGCCCAAGAUGAAGAUGAAGUUUCAUUCAGGGAUGGUGAUUACAUCAUCAAUGUGCAACCAAUUGACGAUGGUUGGAUGUAUGGUACUGUUCAGAGAACUGGGAAAACUGGAAUGCUUCCAGCAAAUUACAUUGAGUUUGUUAAUUAAUACUCACCGUUAGUACUUCUGAGCUUUAUUUUGAUUUACUUAAGCUUUACAAACGUACUUUUAAGACCACAUCUUCAUUACUUCCCUGUUAAUGUUAACAAUCAGUGCUCCUUUCUGGAAGUCAACACACAAUUCCUCUAACAAGUCCAAGAAGCACUGACUUCCCAAAGUGUGCUGCUUAAACAGAUAUAGAAAAAUAAACUUGCUGGUGGAAACCUGGUGCUUGUAAUCAUGUAAAGGUUUCUAUUAAUUAGCUCCCAGAUAGGUUUCUGCCUUUACAGUAGGCUGCAUUUCCCACUUAAGUUUUAAUUGCAAAGCAGCUGGUAUUUUUUAUUGUGUGACUUUGAAAUUGUAAGAGGUUAUACCUUGGUGUUAAGGUCCGAGUAAUUAAAAAUCCAAGUUAACAGAACAAAUCUUUUGUUGUUGUGAUAAAUGACAUGCUCAGAAGUUGCUUACAACUGCCUGGCAGCCUUAAACAAAGUGUAUCUUGUACUUAAUGCCGGAAACUUCCUGACACACAGCUGUCCAGUCUACUGUAUUUUUCCCUGAAGCUUUCAUUUUCUCUCAUCCAUAGUCCCAAUUCAUGUUAGUCCUCCCAAACUACCAGUUGUGAAUGAUCUCCAUAACAAUAGCUGUGCCUUUUUGCACAGUUAGAAACAAUUUUAGAGUGCAUUUUCUAUUUUGUUAAUUCCAACCUUUUCUAUUUCCCCUUGUAUUAACACUGUUUGUAUAGAAAUGACUGUCUUCAAAGCACUGUCUUCAAAACACAUAUAUCUAUUUUUUGUUGUUGUAAGGGUCUGUCCUGAGAACUUUGCAAUGACAUAUAAUUGUACCCUUUACGUGUAAUGGUUCCGUGCAGGGAUGGCAAAUAUGUAGCCUUCCAGAUGUUUCGGCCAGGGAUGAAGGGAACUGGAGUCCAGCCACAUCUGGACAGCCACAUUUCCAUCCCUGGUAUACAUGGAUUGGUGGUAGGGGUUACUUCAUGAAUUGGGGCUUGGAUUUGGGACCUGACUGGCAAAGAAUGUGAUUUUUUUCCAGAGGCUUAGUUCAAGAAAAAGAUUAUUAGAUAUUUAGUAAAUUUCUAGCUUUGUGAAUAUAACUCAAGGAUUUACUCAAUAAUUGAAGCAUGGCAUCCACCUGAGAAACUUUGUCUUCCCACAAGGUAAAAAAUACAAAACCAUUAUUUCCUGUUUUCUUUUUAAAAAAUGAUAUCAGUUGCACUGCUGUCUUAUUUUAUCACUUCUAAUUAACACUCAUUGGAUCACAAAACACUUGUUAGAUGUUCCUAAACUUUUUAGGAGCUGGUGAGAGCUGGUGUGGUGUAGUGGAUUAGAGGCUGAGCUUUGAAACAGGGAAGCCCCCGAUUUAAAUCUCACUUCUCCCACCAGCUCACCAGCUGGCCUUAGUUAAGUCACUCUCACUCAACCUCAGUUCCUUAUCUGCAAAUGGGGAGACCAAUACUGAAGGGCUGUUGUAAGGAUUACAAGAAAAUACUGGUGAAUAACUUUAUAGUAUUAUAGGGUUGGGUCCAAAGGCUUCCUUCCUUUGAUGGAAAGACUCAUUUGAUGGAAGAUGCAUUCUGUCAGUUGAAGGGAAUGUUUGGAUCAAGCCAAUUAUUAUUAACACAAGGUAAAAAAAAUGAAAGAGCAAAAGGGAAAUACAAUGAGUUUAGUUGUCAGAAUUUAUCCCCUGAACCAGUGCAUUUCUUCCAGCCCAGCAAGUAGUGCAUGAAAACAAAUUUGCUGAGACAUAUUCCUAAUUGUUUAUGCAAAAAUAAAAAAUAAAAAUCAGUACCAAUAUAAGUUACUUCCAUUCUGCAUUUAUAGUAUCCAACAUAUUAUGAAAAGGGGAGGUAUGGGAAGAAUAUAUUUUUCUAGGUACUCAAAGUAUGGAUAUUUAUGACCAUUUAUCUCUUGUUUUUCCUCCAUACAAAUAAAAUCAGGACUGGUGUGGGUGUAUGUGUGUUUAAAAAAAGAUCCAGGUCAGAGAGAGGGAAAUGUAAACCCCCAAGUAAGAUGUUUUUUAAAUAGAUUGUUAUUUACAUAGAUUGGUGUCUAAGGGCUACAUUGUAUUUUGCUAAUGGUAUGAAUUACUGAAGUUGACCUUUGAAGGUAUGCUGCGUCGAUUGUAUUGUGCAUAUUAUUAUUUUUUAAUUGUCUAAGGGAAGUAUAUUUAAACUGCUUUUAAAGAGUUUUGUUCUCAGAUGUCAGAGGACAAUGUCUCUAGCAUAACAUCUCGAACAUAGUAAGUAACUCAUAAGUACAGAAGUUAAAGAAUAGAAAGCUCUUCAUUUCUAUUAUUCUGUUUUACCCAAGAGAAGGAAAAUAAACCAUUUUUUCCAUCAGACCAGCAGCUGUUUUGUCUCCUGGCCAUUUUUCUGUGGUAGCCACAGAAUGCCCUCAGUUUGACCUGGGCAGUUCAGGCCAUUUAGCUAUUCAUUGGGCCAGAGCAUGGACUUCAGAUUGGUGUUAAUAAAAAGACUGUCAUGCCUGAUUCAAGUGUUCACAUGAUGAGAUGGACCAAUCUACUCAUGAGACCAUGCCAAUUCAGUUUAUAUGUGGCGAGUUUUGAAGGAAUAUGUGGGGAGUUUUGCCCUGGAAACCUUUACUUUUACCUUAUGCUGAAUAUUGUAAUGUUGUAAGGUAAAGGUAAAGGGACCCCUGACCGCUAGGUCCAGUCACGGACGACUCUGGGGUUGCAAUGCUCAUCUCGCUUUAUUGGCCAAGGGAGCCGGCGUACAGCUUCCGGGUCAUGUGGCCAGCAGGACUAAGCCGCUUCUGGCGAACCAGAGCAGUGGUACCUAUUUAUCUAUUUGCACUUUCAGUCCCUUCAUUCAACCACCUCCAUGUUGGCAAGCAGUGCUGUCAAAAUAGUUUCUCAUUAAGUAAAGGAAAUUGUCUGCAAUACCCAUAUUUGUGCAAACAACAUGCAUAUGCAGUCUGUGACAUUAUUACAUGUGAUAUUAAAUUGCAAGGAUGAAUGCCAUCUUUAUUUGCCUGUUGUAAUUUUAAAAAACCCCUGAAACAAGGUACUGGUAAUUGUUUUUCAAAGAGAACUGUCCCACCGCAAAAUGUUUAUGGCAUUUAUUCAAACCUUUAAUGCAGUUUUUGAGCUGGUGCACCAUGCUGCAUAUAAAUGAAUGCAGUUUCAUACAGUUUCAUACACAAGCAGUGUGGUUGCCACUGGAUCUCACCUAUUGUGGAUUAUUCAUAGGGUUGUGGCACUUAUUUAGUGACUCAGAUUUUUGGAAAACCCACAAAUCACAUGGAAACUCAUGCACCACCUCCCUCAUAAAGUCGUGGUGCAGAUGGGUACUUCCAGAUACUGCAGCCUUCAGAUUAAACUCUGCCACGCAGAAAUGGAUUCCAGUGGCAACUAUGCUAUAAGAGGCUUCCUCAGCCUGCUGUCCUAUAGAUGUUGUGGACUACAAUGCCCAUCAACUCUAGACAGCAAGGCCAAUGGUCAGGAAGGCAGCUGCAAAGGCUGUCUAAUAACGUAUGAUGUAGCCCUUAUGACUCCACUGUGCACAUUCAUAACUGAAUUCCACCCCCACAAAAUGAGGCUACAUAAAAAGUAUCCUUUUGAAAACUAGAAUUCAAUGUGCUCAAACUAAGAAGACAUUUUCUAGAGAGGUGAAAAGCAUUUUUAAUUCUUUUGGGUGUUUCGCCUUGUACUGGACAAUACCUGAAAUUUUACUCUUCUUUCUAAAACAAUUGCAAACACAGAAGUUGGGAAGAAUGUAGUUUAGCCGUUAGUUAAUAAGAGCUGUUAGAUUUUAGGUGUUAGAAAUGACAUUAUACCGUUAACUACUGGAUAAACUUUAGUUAAUAAUUAAAUAGUUGAAACCCAAUCAGUAGCAUCGAACUCUUCCGACUUAGCAGUGUUUUCUGCUAACAAAUGCAAACUUCUGAAUUAAAAUUUAUGAAGCUCUUAACAAUGCCUUGCCAAUUCUUCUCUAGGCUGAGAUUCAGAGGUAGGAGAUAGACAAGGAGAUGAAACCGAUGCAUGUAGUCAGAGCUUCAUAUGCUGCUGUUGGCCCAAAAAUCUACUGUAUUUUUCGCUCUAUAAGACGCACCAGACCACAAGACGCACCUAGUUUUUGGAGGAGGAAAACAAGAAGAAAAAAAAUUCUGAAUCUCGGAAGCCAGAACAGCAAGAGGGAUCGCUGUUCUGUGCGCAGCUAUCACAGAAGCCAGAACAGCAAGAGGGAUUGCUGCUUUCACUGCGCAGCGAUCCCUCUUGCUGUUCUGGCUUCUGUGAUAGCUGCGCAGCCUGCAUUCGCUCCAUAAGACGCACACACAUUUCCCCUUACUUUUUAGGAGGGAAAAAGUGAGUCUUAUAGAGCAAAAAAUACGGUACUUUUUAGUGUAAAAUACUGCUUGGAAGAAUGAACUGUUCAUUAUGGAGCACAUGGUUUUUAUGAAGGGUCCAGGUUCUAUAGUUUGCAACUGCGAUUAAAAGAAUUCCAGGUAUGAAAGAUGUGCCUAAGAAUUUGAAGAACUGCUUCCAAUUACAGCACUGGUUUAGAUGGGUCAAGUAUCUUUCUUGGUGUCAGGCAGCUUCAUAUUCUGCAAUAUGCUUCCCCCUAUCCCAAAUGACAGUAAGUCUGGAAGCAGGGAUGGGGAACCCGUCACCCUCCAGAUGUUGCUAGACUCCAGCUCCCAUCACCCCUGACCAUUGACCAACAACAUCUGCAGGGCCACAAAUUCUUCACAUCUAGCUUACAGAGGUAUGCUUUUUUUCCAGCGAGGGAAGAUGCAUCAGAUGUUGGAAGGAAUCAGAUUCUAUUGCAGACUUCAUAAUUACAAAUUCUGCAUCAGAUUCCCAGAUAAAAAACCGUUGCAGCUCAGUUUUAGUUAACUGUAGCUAAAAUUCACCAGGUUUUCUGCCUCUGUUUGCCUAUGACGCUUUCCAAAUUCAGACUUGUUUCAAGCUGUCUCUCUGUUCCCCAAAAUUUGGUUCAAACACCAUAAAAUGAGCCUGCCAAGGUUGAUUGUUUCAGGGCCAGUUGCUAGAACAAUGAGAGGAAGGACUAUUACUUUUUCUCUUGUAAAGCUGUAAACCUUAAGUGAAUACUGUGCCAUUUUUGAGGUUUGCUUACCAGACCUGCUGUAGGUUUCUAUCUCGGGCCAGAGAGUUCUAAUCUGAGACCUAGCCCAGUUGCUAGAGUUUGUGAUUUCAAGAUCUGGCAAUCAUAGUCAGAUGAUUAGGGUCACUGAGGAAUGCUGAGACCUUUUUGUUAAGUCUCUGAUUGUUCUUCCAGCAAAAACAUAACAAUUCAUAAUAGCCAAACUCAUGAAAUCAUCUUCAUAUGAAAAAGAGCAAGCAGAACUUUAGCUCUGUAUAUGGGUCUUUCUGAAGCACGAAUGUGCCUCCAAGCACCUCAAACUUUGAAUCCCCCUGGGAUAAAUAUUUGGAGUUAUAUUUUCUUCUGAAACUGCUUGUACUACUUACAGGAUGUUCAAAUGAAUUUCAUAUGCUUUUUUUGUCCAAUAUAUAGAAAUUGCAUAUUGUAUUUAUGAUGUAAUCAAGUUGCAACAGAAACAUUUUAUUUAGAGAGAUCAUAAAUUAUCUGCUGUAUCAUUACAAAUCUGUAUUACAAUGUACAUGUCUCUAAACCACUGGGAAUCAUUUUUUUCUGACUGUAUUUGGUUAGCAUGAUGUGGAACUCAUCUACUUUUUGCAAUUUAUAAAAAAAAACAACAAAACUGCUUAGUUUGUACGUUUGCUUAAAAAUGCAUAUACUGAGUUAAUUUGCAAAAUUGUACUUUUAUUUGGGAGUAUAAAAUUAUUGAGGAAACUUUGUAGUUCAACAGGGGAGGGGAGUAAUUUUAAGAGAUCAUAUGAUGCAUUGGCAUAAUUUGGCUUUUGUUAUGCGAAAGGAUAACACCAGCUAUUAAAAUAUAUUUUAUUAGAAAUGCUUUAAAUCCUGUUUCCGCCCCUGUACACUGUGAAUCUCAAUGCUUCAGUGGACUAGAGCAACAUUCUUCUGCUGCCUGAAGUACUAACCUAUGCAACCUAGUUCACAUUUUGGUUGAUGUCAAGUAGUUGUAACAUUUACAUAUUCUGCAUAACAUACAAUGGGACUGAAAUAAAAUAUUAAAGCUGCUACUA